GAGUUGCUGAAGCCGGAUACUGAUCCUGCUGCUCAUUCAUUGACUAAGAGGGUCAACUGGAUGCUCUCAGCCAAUGAAUGAGCAGCUGCGCAUAAAAUAUGCCUAUAAUUGACCAUAGCCAGUCAGGAACUCUUGCUAUGGGCUGGUUAAUGGUGCUACCAUUGGUGGAGUUACACAUCUGGCAGCAAAGAGGUUAAACUCCAUAGGUGCAGCGUUUCAUAGCAAAACACCUGCAGAUAUAGACUCUAUGCGCUAUGAUAACUUCAAAUCACUGAAGUAGUCAUGGUGAUUAAAGGAGGUCUUUGUAAAUUAGCUUUUUUUCAGAAUGUGGCAAUUAAGAGAUAUGAAUACAUGUAUUAACCUGGUACAUUUACGAUCCUUAUUAUGGCUAGCUGCUGUGGACCAAACCACCGCAUGUGGUGCUUCUAGGUAAAACUUUCCACCUAUUUUAACAAGCCUUUUUGCUUCGAGCAGGGAUAAUCUGUGAACUUCCUGUAAAUAGAUAAUUGCCAUCAUUUGCAUUCAGCCUGUUCAGUGGAAUCUACAAGACCAGAGGGAAUUCCCAACUAAAUCAAGUUUCCCAUUGGGCUUCAACGUAAAUAUUAGAAUCCACAUAUUUAAUUUUUUUACUAGAAAAAAAAGUCCAACCUUUUUAACAAAAUAAAUUACUAGUUUGGACUUUUUAUUAUAAAUUUCUCAUAAUGUGGCAUUCAACAAUACUUGGCACAGGUUUAUAUUUUUAGUUCGACAUAAAUGAUUUUUCUUUUAAUGAAGAAAACAUCUUGCUAGUAGCAGAUACAUUGACAUAGACUUUGUGUGUGUUUUGCUUCCUCCUGGGAAGUUUUUAUUUUAAGCAUAACCAUUAAGGUUGCUAUGUAACUUAUCCCUUUGCGUCUGGAGAGAUGGAAGCCAGUUCAUAAGCAGGAAUAAAUACAUAUGGAUGCAUUCGCCAGAAGUACUGACUUUUACUGAAUCUACGAAAGGCGUUGCAAUUUGAAGAUUUUAUAUGCAUUUCAUGUUUUAAAAAGGUGUAAACGAUAUGUGCAUGGAGAAAAUAAAAAUCUCCCACUAUGGUAGUUGUUUUCCUUUUGUAGUCUAUUUGAAAGUGAGAGCAGAUAACCCAUCCAAGUUUACUGUAAGGGUUAAUAUAUUUGUACAUGUUAACAAUUUGAUAAACUUUUGUCCCCAAGACCAAAAUACAGUGCUCCACUCUGUUUCCAGCAGUGGAAUCAGUCUUAAGAAGGUUGCGUAGGUUGUUACAUAGUGGUCUAUAGGUAGUUCAACUCCCAAGCCCAUUCUUUUAUGCUGUUAAUCCAAAAGAAGCCAUUUCCAAUUAUGCCACAAAAAAUCUCUUCUGCCACUAGCCUGCAAAUACCUUCAAGGUUAUUUAUAAACAAAUUAAGCAGAAGUGGAACCAGGACAGAACACUGAAUCUCUUCACUUAUCACUUAUCACUGUCCAAUUUGAAAAGUUUCCAUUUAAAACUACUCUCCGCACUCUAUGCUUAACCCAGUGUUUUCAAGAACAGUUUUUCAUCUAAACCAACUGAUUUCAGUAUUUCGUGAAACUUUAUCAAAUGCCUUGGCAAAAUCCAAGUAGAUCACAUCUACUGGAUUGCCAUGAUCAAUAUUUAUUCUAACUUGUUCAUAUAACGUCAGUUUGGCAUGUCUUUUGUAAAGCCAUGUUUAUUCCUGCGAAUGAUCUUGUUCAAAAUUAAUAUUUGAAUAUUAAGCCCUUAUCAAUCCAACCACAGAUGCUAAGCUCACAAGUCUAUAUUUUCCAGGUUCAGAUUUUGAACCUUUUUUUUUUUUUGUUUGUUUUUUUGGGGGGGAGAGGGGGGUUAAUUUUUAAAUAGUCACCACAUCUUCUUCUUCUUUUCUCUAAUCCUCUGGUAGAAUUCCUGAAUGAAAAUUCUGAAAAAUUUAAAACUGUGGAGCUACACUAAGCUGCCCAAGUGCACGUGGGUGAAUAACAAUCUUUAUUAGAUGUUAACGAAUUGCUUGUUUGCUGUAAUACUUUUAUAACCGGGAUUUGCCAAUCUACAGCCAUGGACUUUUCUUCCAUGUAUGCUGAGAAAAAUUUACAAUUUCUGUCUUGUUAAUCCUCCUUGAUUAACUCGCUUGUCUCAGUCUCUAGUGGACUAGCACUUUUACUCUUAACUUUUUGGCAAUAAAAAGAAAUUGCGUGUGUGUGUGUAUACAUAAUCGACCCCUCUGAUUUAAAUGUUUUGAAUGCCCUUUUCUGUUAUAAUUUGACUGGCCAUUGUGUUUAGUCACAUUGGUUUUCAUUUGCUUAUUUUAUAUUUCCCAAUGGUAUGAAUUGAGAAAUGCAUGAUGAGAAAAUAAGUCAACAGUAUUAGUUGACAAGAUUUUAGAGAAGCAUCAAUUUUAUUCAGAAACAGAAUAAAUGUGAGGUAGAUGUAAGUAUUUACAAACAAUUUGCAUCUUGCACAAAAAGAGUCCAUCACUGGGAGCUCUUUUAUUUCAUUAAAUUCCAAGACUAGAGGUUUAUUUGGGGUUAUUGGCAAUCAUAGCAAUCGUUCCCAAUUUAACCCACAAAUAUAUUAUGACUCUUUAGCAAUUUAAAUUGUUUUGCGUUGUUAUAAGAUGGCUAUCAUUUUCAUUUGGGUUUAUCACGGUAAUAAUUGGAGUACAUUUUUACUUUGCGGGAUACCACAUUUUCCCUCAAAUGUAUCUUUGUUGGAUAUUUUAAUUUCCGUAUCUUCAGGAUAAAUGUGGUGCAGGAAAGAAUGAUUCAAUUCUUAGAUUUUAAUCUCUUUAUUGUGGUUUCUCUGUUCUGUAAUGCCCUCUUGGUUGCCAGUGGGAAAAUAUAUGGAAACGGUAGACCUGACACUGCUUUUGUGCUGCUGCCUAAAGGGGUUUUUUUUCCAGUAUGUUUUUGUUUCGGUAACAUGCAUUGCCUUCUGGUGUUUAAACCCAUUGUCUGUUUCAUGAAUUAAAAACUCUAUUUUCCAAGGUGUUUUUUUUUAUUUUUUUUAUUUUUUUUAAUAGAGGUCCUUCUGUUUUCAAGACAAACCUGUUUACUUCAGGGGAAAACAGUGUGUGUGUGUUUGUCAAAGAGAAUGAAUUAAAAAAAUUAUAUAUUGCAUCCUAUUUUAAAUAAAAAUUCUGUGUGUGUGUAUAUAUGUGUGUGUAUGUAUGUAUGUAUGUGUAUAUAUAUAUAUAUAUAUAUAUAUGUGUGUGUGUGUGUGUGUGUGUGUGUGUAUAUAUGUGUAUUUUAUUAUAUAUAUUAUAUAUUAGUAUUUUAUUAUAUAUAUUUAUAUAUAUUAGUAUUUUUUAAAUGGGAUGCAAUAUAUUUUUCAAAUUACUUUUUGUAAAUCUUUAUUGGUGAACAUAGUCCCUUUUAAAUGCCCCUGGAGUAUAUUUUCUUGUCAUUCCCGAUAUUUUCAUUUGAAUAGGCUUCACAUCCUACAGACAGGAUAAGAAUCUAAUUCUUUCCUGUAGUAGUAAAUGAUGAAAUACUAGUUGCCACAGUGAUUAAGCACUGCUUGCUCCUUGAAUGUCAAACAUUUUAUUCCAUUUUUUUGUUAAAUAGUUUAUUUUAUACACACUAGAUACAGUGACAAGCUCCCUCAUAAUUGUGAUUAACAGCAAUAAAAGCAUUUUUCAGUAUAAAAAAAACCACGUUAUCAAGAUCUACCUUUCCUGUAUGAAUGGUCAUUUUUUUCCCCAAGUCAGGUAGGUAGUGGUCUCCCAUUUUUAAGGUUUUAUUUUGUUUAGAAUUUUCAGGUAACAUGAAAUAUGGGAUCCCUUCGAAUUCUAGACAUUUUCUGUCCGACGCUUCCUGAAUUUACGGGUAAAAAAUGAGCCUGAUAACUUAUUAUGAUGGUUGGUUUCUGUCAGGAACAAGGGAAAAUAGGGUACAGACACCUUUCUGAACAAAGUUGGUGUUAAGUUUCAGACAUGCUUUAGUUUUUUUUUUAAUGUAUUGUGACAGGCAUGUUUUGCUUGUCAAACACACAUCUACAUUUGUUAACAGCUGGUUAUUGUGCUACAAAAUGCAGAGUUAUAGAUCAUGGCAGUCCAGUUGCUGCCCUGUUGUGAAUUUUACAUCACCACUUAUCUCAGUGGGAGCGCCAUAUUUAUCCCUUUUAAAAGGAAGGAAUGGAGGAGAAAUAAUAAGGUGAUUCAUUUAGCAAAGUAAUUUUGUGGUGAGUAAAAAAAACCUGAUACAAAAAGGGACUCUGCAGUCAGUUUCAAGAAGUGCCGGUAUAUUCAAUUUUCCUAGAAAAGUUGGUUUAAGCACCAAAACAUGUCAGUCUGCAGCACUAUGGUGGAAUAUUUUUUUAGCAGGUAAGGUCUUCUUGGACUUUACCAAAAACUACUCAUGGAUUUGGGCAGAAGAAGCAAGUUAGAACUAAAAGAAAUGAAUAGGGCUUUUCUGCUUGUUAGAGUGCAGGCCUCCCCAUGCUGGUCCAAGCUGGACAGUUGUGAAAACGUGACCUCUUGGUCCCUAGUCAUUCAACCAUAGAAAAGACAUUCACAGUCCAAUAUCAAUGCGGAAGAUGUGUUGCAUGCAACUAUAUACGUGUAAAAAAUAAAAUAAAAUUACAUUUCCAGUUAAAGCCUCUUUUUUUAAUUGCAGAACGAGUGGAGUUGACCAUCUAACUUGUAGUUGUAGACAAAAAAUAAGUUGGAAAAAUGUUUUGUCCAUUUAAAACUUAAUGAACACCUAAGAAGAUUUAGGACAGAAAAAGGAGAUCUAGAUUAAGGCAGAGAGUGUGUUUGCUCUACCUUUUGAAAACCUGUAGGUCCAGCAGGCCUAAAUGAAGGCUUCUCAUAUAAAUAUUUUAUUCUAGAUUAAACAUAAAGCUGUUUGAUUUGUUCAACAUAAUGAUGUUUAUUGGGAAUGUUUUACAUUUUAAAUGCAAAGUUUGGGAAAUGAUACUUGGCCCAAGGAAACAUGAGACCUGUAUUCCUUUACUAGGUACAUAAAAGAUCCAAUAUGGUGUCAAGGAUAAGGUGGGUCUCUUCUAGUUACUAAAACCAAACAUUAAAGACGCCCCUAUGAUACUUAAUUUCAGAUAUACUGUUAAGGUAAAAUCUUAGUUAUACAAUGCUCGCUAUUUAUUAAAUGUGAAUAGAGAACGAUUAAGUAAUUAACUGGAGCAUCCCGCAGGAAGAGGGACUUUGUUCAUGUUUUCAUGAAGGAAAUUUUCAAUGCUUAGUUAACCACCCCUAUUGAACUGAUGAGUAAUUUUAUGCAAAGUAUUAAUCUGUGCAUGGAGUGGCUAAAAUUAAUAUAUGCCUACUCUGUAUGAUGGAUACCCUUCAUAUAAAUUGUGUUUUUUUUGUUGUUUUUUUUUUCUCUGACUGGACACAACAUGGAGGUUUAUUUGUAAGUUUGGACAGAUUAAAUGUUUUUGGUUUGUGAAAUGGUACUUAGCCUAAGGAAAUGAGACCCGUCACCUUCUUGGAAGACUUGGUAAACAAUUAUACUAUAUUCUUUCACUUAGCAUGAAGAUAUAUUCAAUAUUUAUAUUAAUGUGACCUCAUAUAGUUAAUAGAGCCAAAUGGGUAUCUUUAAGAUAGAUAUUUACAUAAUCCGACCUCUCCUUCACGCCUCAUGUUCAGUUCUAUCGCCAAAUCCUGUCGCUUCCAUCUCAAACAUUGCGCGCAUCCGACCCUACUUAAUGCCAGAUGCGACUAAGGUUCUGGUCCAUUCCACUGUCCUUGCUCUCCUUGACUACUGUAAUCCGCUUCUCAGUGGUCUUACGUGCUCCCAACUUGCACUUACAGUCUAUAAUGAAUGCGGCGGUGAGGCUCAUCUUCCUGUCCGCCCGCACCUCCCACGCCUCACCCUUCUGUCAGUCACUACAUUGGCUUCCUGUAUGAUAUAGGGCUCAAUUUAAAAUUCUGGUUCUUGCUUUCAAAUCUUUACAUAAUUCUGCUCCCAUCUAUCUAUCAUGCCUAAUACACAAGUAUGUCCCGUCUAGGCCCUUACACUUUGCUGAAGACUUACGUCUAUCUUCUGUCCGUACUCCCACCUCUGAUGCUCGCCUUCAAGACUUCUCCAGGUCUGCCCCGUUUCUGUGGAACUCUCUUCCAUUCUCCGUUACAUGCUCACCCAGUCUCCACUCCUUAAAAAAAAUAAUUACCCACUUCUUCAUAAAAGCAUACCAAUUAAACUGUUAAUAGCUCCUGAAUGAUUCCUCUCUUGCAACUGUCAUUAGUCUAAUACUAUCCUUACCUUUUGUGUCAUUUUACCCCACUCCCUCUAGCAUGUAAGCUCAUUGAGCAGGGCCCAUAAGCCCUCUGUUCCUGUGUGUCCAACUUGUCUCAUUACAACUACAUGUCUGUUCGUUCACCCACUGUAAAGCACUGUGGAAUUUUUGGGCGCUAUAUAAACAUAAUAAACCCACCAUCCAACCUUGGAGAAAUGGGAGUUCAAUUCAUAAAACGGACAAUUGAUUUAAGUGCCAGAAGGUAAUGCAUGUUGCCAAAACAAAAACAAGAAACAGAAUGGAAACAAAUACCUCUAUCGGUAUCACCAUUGAUAUUUUGUUGGGAUAAUCACUUAAAGAAAGUGUGAAUUGGUAAUGAUUAAGUAAUACCUGGAAUAUCUCACAGGGAGAGGAACUUAAUGCAUGAACUUUUCACUGCUUAUCUAACCCAUCACUAUUAAAUUGACGUAUAAUCCUAUGCAAAACAGCGAUCAGAGCAUGAGUUAUAAUGAAUAAAUAAGCCAAUACAAGAAGGGUGCUUUACAUCCACUCGUGUGUGUAUGUAUAUAUAUAUAUAUAUAUAUAUAUAUAUAUAUCUGUAGAAAGAAAGAAACUCUAAACAAUUUAAUAUGUUGAGGCAGGUUUGGUAAUUUAUAGAUCAUUUAACUAGCAUUUAAACCCUUUAAAGUAUGUUAGUGCAAUAACCCCGAUCCAAAGGGUGAGAACACACACGAAGAAAAGAAUUUUAAUUGUUGCAUCUUUAGUUCAUGAAGUAUAGCAUAACCUCAAAAUAGCAGGUAAACCUUAUUUAUAGGUAAAAACCCAUUCCAAAAUAGAACCCUGUGCCUGCUGGAAAGGGGGAGAAAAAAGGAGGUUGUUAGAGAAAUGCCUAAGAGGGCUCUUUGUGCGUUUCACAUCUACACUUAGGUGGAAGUAUAGUAUAUCUGAGUCACAACUUGAAUGGGAAGCUAUUCAUUAAAGGGGUGUUACACUGUGGCAGAGAACUGCCUGGUAGAGACAGUGCUGUCAGGUGCAGAGGACAAAAGAGGUGUGAAUCAAUGCAUCUCUGUGGGGAAAGUUCAGCAUUGCCUUGCAGAGCGUGGAGAUGGAAGUCAGUGCUGCACACCCAGGAAGCACUUCUAGUGGCAAUCUGAGUGUCUGCCACUGGAAGUGUCCCUAGGCAGCAAUGUAAACACUGCCUUUUCUCUAAAAAGAUUGUUUACAGCAAAAUGCCUGCAGGGACUGACUUUAAUCACCAAAACUACUACAUUAAGCUGUAGUUCUGGUUACUAUAGUGUCCCUUUUAAGCCCCCUUCCAGUUCUAUUACUAGAGCAACCUAGCACUUCAAACAUACAGAUUUAUAUACCUGUAUGUCGUUUUGCAUAAUUAUUGGGCUACUGCAGUCUCUUUUCUAACAUAGGUGCUAAUUCUAAAACAGAGUUCUCUGAUUAUUCGUCAAUGUUUAGCAGGGACCUGCUGGCCGCAUUGGCCAACUAUUCACAAAAUUAAAACCGAACUUGGCCACUUGGAACCUUAUAAAGCAGCCUUCCCCAAACUCCAGCCCUCUAGAUGUUUCUGAACUACAACUCCCAUGAUUAUAUGAAUGAAAUAGGUUGAGAAUCAUGGAGGUUGCAGUUCAGCAACAUCUGGAGUGCCAGUUUGGGGAAGCCUGUUAUAAAGCAUUGAAAAGGUUAGGUUGGUUGAUCUAAGCAGUGUUCCCCAACCCAGUCCUCAGGCACCACCAACAGUCCAGGAUUUAUGUAUUUCCCUGUUUUAUUCCAAUGGAGAUACUGAGAAAACCUGGACUGUUGGUGGUCCCUGAUGACUGGGUUGGGGAUCACUGAUCUAGAGGCUGUGGUGUGGGUGGGUUUUUUUUUUGUUUUUUGUUUUUUUCAUGCUGUUCAGUGUCACGCCCCCAUCGCAGUUUUGUGAACUGGAAGUGCAAAAGUGGGUUUGAGGAGUGUUAAAGGUUGCAAUUCCCUUGAACAUACUACUAGUUUAGUAAAUAAUCCGACAUCUCUUUCAAUAGAAUUUGCAGGGAGGGGAAGCAUAUUUUGUAUGACUUGGAUUAACUCUCAACUGUUAGGUGUGUGUGUGUGUAUAACACAGACUUCUAGUAGUGUCUCACUGGAGAAACUCGUGAUCUGUGUUUUGAUUUGUGGACUCAUGUGACACAUCCAUUUGGCUGCAAGCAACAGGUAAUUAAGGCAGAAACUAGGAUCACAUAUUUUUGGUCAGGCUUAUUAUGAUUUUAUUUAUAUAGUAACAGUUCUGCAGCGGUCUACACUAGGAUGAGGUCAUCCUUCUAGAAGUUAUUACAAACAGUGAUUGUACAUGUAUCUGUUUAGAUUAGUAUGGGGGAUGAAGUAUAUUAUGAAUGUAAAAUAUAUUUUGAUUGUUCAAUGUAAAGACAUGCUGUCAUGUUACUUAUUCGUGAGAAAAUAACUUCCUAAGACAUGUAAGCAGGUUCAGGGGUGUUCAGAGCUGUACGACCUAACAUAGAUUAAAUUUUUAUCAUUUUUGUCCAGAAAAAUGUUUACCUUUUUAAAAGUUCAUUUCCUGUGGAAUCAGUAGAGCAUUAUACUUGUGUUACGAUCUUGGAAAAGCUAAGGAGAGAACUUGGAGCUGUAUGAAGAAAACUGAAAAAACGUUUAAUUUUGAGCAAUUAUGCCAGUUAAUGUAUUCUCUAAAUAUCUGCUAUUAUGAAUAGUUUAUAUUGUUUCACUUGGUUUAGAGUACCUUUUUAAAGCAGGCCUGUCCAACCUGCGGCCCCCCCAGAUGUUGCUGAACUACAACCCCCAUGAUUCUUUAAAUGAAAUGGCCAGGGAAUCAUGGGAGUUGUAGUUCAGCAACAUUUGGGGUGGGGGGGGAGGGGGGCAGGGUGGACAGCCAGCCCUGCCUUAAAGUCAAGCUCACUUGUGAGUUUUUCUCAACGAAAUAUCGAACUGAAUGUUAGCUAUCAUAUGGCAUUUCUUUGCACAUGACCACGGCACUCAAGUUGUCAUGGGUUAGGGAAGUUGCCUUCAAUGUGAUAGUGCUGCAGAGGUAAGUGUCUAUUUUACUUACAUUACCCAUUUACUUUGAAGUGGAAACAAGGAACUGGCACUUCCUCUUCAAAAAAAAUCUUAUUUUUUAAACUUAUGCUCUUAUACAAAGCCUAGCAGGCAGGUUGGAGGACUCUUGAAAAUAUUAAAGGGACACUAUAGUCAUCCAGACCACUUCAGCUCAAUGAAGUGGUCUGGGUGCCAGUUUCCUCUAGGGUUAACCCUGCCUGCUGUAAACAUAGCAGUUUCAGAGAAACUACUAUGUUUACAUUUGGGGUUAAUCCAGCCUCUAGUGGCUGUCUUCCGGGCUGGCGCAUAUGUGACGCUGGAGGCAUAUUAUGCCUCCAAAACGCAGAGCGUACGUAGGAGAGCAUUGAGAAAUACUUUCCUAUGGACACUUUGAAUGCGCGCUCCGCUGACGUUAGGCGGGGGGAGGAGAGGUAAGGGAGCCCGGCGGUGGAAUAAGGUGAGUAACUGAAGGGAGGGGGACCCUGAGGGUGGGGGCACCCUCAGGGUACUAUAGUGUCAGGAAAACAGAUUUGUUUUCCUGACACUAUAGUGAUCCUUUAACAAGUGUGCCCUGCUUGUAUAUAACUUAACAACCAUGAACUUCAGUGAUUAGUGUUCAGUGCUCCAUUAUUCAAAAAUAAAGUUGGGCUUGGUCCUAAUUUUUUAGAUUUCUCCAAUUAUUUCAGUUUCUUUUAUACAUGACUAUGCAGUGAUUCUGAUUCUUUUAGGCUUCGGGAAUAAUUUUUAUUUUUCUAGUUCGAUCCAUUUUAAAGUGUUUUGACAUACUAAGGUCCCAAACAUGCAUUGGAGACCAGCAGAUUUGAUCCUAACCGCUUAAAUCGCUUUAUCCAGAAUGAGGGGGUGACUCCAUAAAAACCACUACAUGGGCUUUUUGUGAUUAUGAUUGCCCCAUGAUGCAGACAUUUUGAGCAGAACUGAGUUUUGUUUUUUAUUGGUUUCUUCAGUAUAGCAAUGGAACAUAUUUUGUUUUCUGAGUGACAUUUGAAAAAGGAAUGUGUACUUAAAAUGCAGUAUUUUCAGUUUUAUGAUCUCUCUAUUGAUCUUAAAAAUAUUUACAGCCAUUUAGGCCAUGCCUAAAUGCCUUCACAAAUGUGUUUGGUUCAAGUAUUUCAGAGGCUUUGGUAUGAGUGAUGUAAUGAGGAAUAAAUGGGGCUUAUUGUGGUGCGAGAAAUCUAUCCUCAAGCAUUUCCAACUUUUCAUGAAUGUUUAAACGAAAACCCUCCAUAUACUUUAGUCAGGAAGUUAUCCUCAUUCUUAUGGAUUUAGUUCAUAGUAUCUUACACAAUAGGUCUUUCUGUAACAUAUACAUAUAUAAAGAGGCACUUAAAACCAAUCAGUGGCUCUUAACACCAGCACAGGAUUUAGAGGUACAUUCAUUUCCUCGGUUAGCAUUGAGUCCCGUAGAGGUUUUACUUAUGUUAUGGAAAAGAUACACUUGAAUGGGUCACUGAGUGAAUUACGUUAAACAAUACAGGUAUAUUGUAUUGUAGUAAUUUUUCAAUAGUUUUCCAAUACAGUAUAUAAUCUGAGAUUUACAAAUUUGUGCCACAAGUGCUAAGCAGAUAUCCAAAUUCGAAACACACAGAAAUGCAGAUUUUUUUUUUUGAUUUUUUUUUUUGGUACAUUGUCUUAAUGCCAUGGAAUGAUUUUACCAAAUGCAAAUAAAGCAGGCCUUUUAUCCUUGAACAAUCCCCAUUUUACUGUAUUUGUAACUUCCCAUUUAAUUAGAGGUCCACCAAAUACAUUCAGUAGACAGAAUUUGGGUAGUUGCAGUUCAUUGAUGGCACUGAUGCAAAUGAUAUAUUUGAUAAUAGCCCCUGUGCUUGAAGAGGAGUAAAAGAUGAUUUAUUAACCCUUUAUUCUUAAAAUACAGCAGUGUUACAAAAAACAAAUGUAUUGUUAAAGUAAGCAAGUUUACAUUGUUCUGUUUGAUAUGCCUCCAUUUUGAAACCUCAUACUUUGGGCUGUUGCAGUUUUCUUGCCAACUUCUGUGCAGUCAUAAAUAAAUUAUUGAUGGCAUUCAUAGGCUUUACAGGAUCUGUAUUCAGAGGAAGAGAAAAUGCAAACUCUUCACCUAAUUCUAAAAACUAAAAUGUUGGGACUUUAUUUUUCUUCAGCUUUUAAUUUUCCAAAGAUUAUAAUUUUGAAGAAUGUAAACCAUAAAAUCUAAUAGAUGACCAACUACAAUAGUUUUGUGGGUUUUUUUUUUGUUUGUUUGUUGUUUUUUUUUUUUAUAUAUAUUGAGGAUAGUACAGCAAUGGCAAUUUCAACAGAUUUUGACUCAAUUCUGCUUUUUGACUUUCUUAAUUUGUAAUUUUGCAUUAUCCCUUUAGUGUAUACUUCAUUUAUUUAUUUUAGUUUUCUUAAAGGUGAAGUUUUAGAAUUCCUGUGUAAUGCUUCCAUCUGCUGGUGUGGAGAGGUAAUGCCUACCACAUUGGUCCUAGUAUUUUUUUGAAAGUACAGUAAAAGGUCUUUACUACAAACACAAAUCUCUGAUGGUUGAACUAUUUUUAACUUAUAUUUUUAUGCUUAAAACAGAACCUUUUUUUUGGAUUUUUUUUUUUUGGUUUAUAUACAAAUAUAAACAAGGAUUUGGCAUUUAUUUUAUUGCUAAUAUGUUAAGCUUCUUUCUUUCCAGGGAUUUUUUGCAAUUUGCUCACUGCUUUCCUGCAUUCAUAUCAUGUCCUGCAGUAUGAUGUUCCUUUUUUUUUUUUUUUUUUUUGGCCCUAAAAAUAGGCAGUUAAUGUACAUCUGUUUCUGUAUCAUGAGUAGAAGUUACAUUCUCUCUUAACUUGCUACCUUUUGUGCAUCUUUUAAAAAUGCAAGAUUGGGAAUAAUCCAGAAGGAUCUGUGAUGACUUUUUCAGGCAAUCUUAGUCUGGAAAAGAUAUCUUGCAGAUCUCUCCUGGACCAUUCCCAGUUUUUGUCGAUGUCCUCUGACACUUUAUACACCCCAAUAUAUAAACUGACUUUAUGUAAGGCAAAGCCGUAAUGGUGUCAUUGACCGUAACAGUGUUACUGAAUUCAUGUGAAAACUUUUAAUAAAAAUUGGCAUUGUUUUGUUUUAUUUUUUUUUUGUUUUUGCUAAAACUGUUGCAGUCAAGACACUUUAUUCUUUAAAAAUGGAUAGAGAAGCCUCACCACAACAAUACACUUGUGCAAGGCAUAAAAAGUGAUUUCUGUUGUAAUGCCCCAUAUAGCACAGUAUAUGGCAAUCACAGAAUGUAAACUGAGGACCUGGUGUUCAGUAAUACCUCCAUACUGCAUUAUAAUGAGAAACAAAGAAUGUUCCUUUUUUUGUGAAAGGAGUGCAGAGGGGAAAUGCCCUUGAAGGGAGUUGCUAAUUGUAUGUGGGAGCUGCUGCUGGUUUUAGCUGUGUUAGGCACAGCUUGCAGUGACAGGGAGGAUAUGAGUAAGGGUAAUUGAGGAAUAUGGUGUCAUGACUUGUGAAGCAUGAUUUUUAUUUUUUUAUUUUUUUUUCCUCUCUUACCCUCCCUUCUCUCUAUAAGUGGAAGUGUUUGUGCUUUGUUGAUACCCUUCUACCAGCUCUGUGGCCUUACUAGGGUUAUUGAGAUACACACUAGUAUAUUAAACUCUUUCAGCACUCAUAAAUUGUGUAAAAAGGUGUAUAAAAUACACUAGUACUUGGCUUCUAUAGCUGAAGAUACUUAUAGCAGUCUUGGUUGCUUAAGUGGUUUUUUUUUUACUAAACUGUGUUUUUCUAUGAUGCCUUUUGUCUUGUAUUUAGAGUUGAAUUAUCAUAAUUUUUAAAUUUGGUGUGCAGAAAUAGGAUGUCUGUAUACUUUAUAAAGCACUGUAGACUGCUGUAAUGGCUGUGUUCAAACCAUUGAACAUCUCUUAUGCUUCUGGUCUACUCUGUAAAGCUGAACUAGAUUUCACUUUACCUAUGGCCAUUUUGUGUACGUUUUUAGAUCGGUCAUGGGCUGAGAGUGUCCGUAACCUAUGUCAGUAAAAAUGUAUAAAUUGUGAAUUGCGAGUGUGUAUUCUAUUGACUAGGAAAGCUUUGUACUACUAACACUAUAGUGUUCAUUUAAUAUAAAAAAAGGAAUGCAUACUUGUUACACUUUUAGUGAUGUCCAGGGAUUAAUCUAAUUUUCAUGUUGUACCUCAUGUCUGGCACGUUGCGUAAAGUGUUAAAAUUACUUCUAUUUUUCAUUUUAUAUAAUUUUUUUUUGCAGAACAAAUAUCCAACUUGUAUUAGCUAUCUGGUUGCACACAUGAGACUGUUCCAUUUAAAAAACAAACAACAAAAAAAACUGCAGGCUGGAGUGUCACUUUAAAUUACAUAAACAUUAGUCAAUCCCCAUGUAAGAGCACUCCUAACUAAAUAAAUGUUUACUUGCAAUUGUUAGCCAGUCUAACCAGCCCUGUAAAUAUCCGUGUUUUUUUUUUUUUUUGUUAAACCUACAUCUGAAAUGCUGCUUAUUUUGGUUUUAUUGAAGAUAUGCCUCAGUUUAGCAGUUUGCAAAGCGCUAUGAAUUGAUCGCUUACAAUUUUAGCCGCUUAAACACUUUUGAGCCUCAAACUUCAUACAGCAGGGCCCUUUCGUUGUGAUUUAUUGAAGCAGAGGCAGAGCCAGGUGUUCUAAAAAUAUAACUGGGUGAUUUGCAGUCAGUAAUGAAUAGGCCUGACAUUUACUGUUUGCAUUGUAAUUCGUGUAUAUACUGCAAACUUGUCAAGAUGCACCCUAAAUGUAUACAUUUUUCAUCUUUACCUUUUAAGGCGAAACGUCUUCAAAGAUUUACACCUUCCUGGUUAACAUUUGCUUAUUUACAGCAGAUGAAACAAAGUUGUGCUGUUAGUGGUUUUGUUUUUUAACCAAGAAACAUGUAACAUGUAAAAAGUCAUAUGUACGGGUUUAUCAUGCAGGUGGUGAUUAUUUGAUUAACCACUGUUGUGGUUUUAAUGAAAACAGGAGUUGGUUAGCACUUAAUUGUCUGCAAUGUGCAAAAUGCCACACUAGCAAAUUACGUUUAAUGAUUGCUUUUUGUUUCUACAGUGUGGUGGCUGCAAUACUUAGCUACCUUAUUCAGGAUAUGUGAGUUUGUGGUUCAUUUUUAUUUUCUGUAUAGUGAUCCAUUUUGUUUCAUUGGGAACUGUUUACUUUUUGUAUUUCUUUCUGGAAACACACACAAAUGUUUGCUUUAUUAAUAAUAUUUCAUAGGGUUGUGUUUAAUCAUCCAGUGCAAAUUCUUGAUCUAACUAUAAAAUCUCACAGGUGGAAGUUUGAUUUAAUGAAAUAUCUUGUUAUUCUGAGGCAAUUGGAUAGUGGAAAGACUCCAGUGGUCAUCCUCAUCAAUCUCUGAAGAGGCGACUUUUAAAAAAAUAAAAUAAAAUAAAAUCUUUUUUUUUUUUUUACACUUCAAAGCCACAGGUUGGUGGCUGCUGUAUCUGUAGUGUAAUCUAUCUUGUAUGUGAUAAAUCCAAGCUUUAAGACCUGUGUUGUAGGUGCUAUACACAUUCUUGCAUUUGCCAGAAAGCAUGGCUUCAGAUUCUGCUCUUGUUUUCACAAGUCAGGGUGAAUAUUUUAUGUUAAAUACUAGGACCUACACAAAAUAUUUGGGAAAUUUAAGCCUUUGGUAUCACAAUUCUUCAUGCUGCAGAUAGAAUUUUUUUUUUUUUUUUGACAAUUUUUAUUGUACCUUUUCGAAUGAUAAAACUGGGAAUACAGAAAGGGAAAAAAAGGGGGGAGUAGGCAUCUGUAGUAUAUCAAUAACAGUAUCAUUAGCAAUAGCAUACCAGUAAGCUAUUUCCCCUUGUUCUCAGUCGGAGUGAGCACUGCGUGUGUUCGGUAGAUCUUAUUGUGCUCUCCUUUGGUGUUUAUCUUUGACUUUUGGUUCUACCCUUCGUUUAGUUGCCUUAGUUGAGCGGAAGAGGGGAACUGGGCGAGGAUGGCUUGUGUCAGGGGUGGGGGGGAGGAGGGUAGGAAUGUUGCACCUUACUCUCUAGAAUUAUGUAUGUUCUUUUUCCACUAUUCCCUGAGGCCUAUUUGGGGGUUGGUUUAGUUUAGGUGGCCUUGUUUGCCUCGUCCCUGUCUUUGUGUUGAUAGUGCCUGCCUCUGCGCUUUCAUCUUUUACUUGUCUCAUAUGACAGAUUUAGUGAUAUCUGUUGUACUAAAUUGGGUCUAUCUGUUUCCAGCUUCUGGCAAUCAGGAGGUUUGCAGCUAUUAAUAUAUGGGGAGUUCCCCCCUUAAGGCUGUCUCUGUAAACAGUCUAGCCAGGUAAGGCGCUAGUAUGUCGCUACAUUUUUUUGUAAUAUUGGUUGUCAAAUCCGUCGGGCCCCGGGGAUUUCCCUGUUGGGAGGUUUUUAAUCAAGUCUCUGAUCUCCUGUUCCUCUAUCGGUUUAGUGAGAGCCUCUUUAUGUUGUGCUGAGAUCUUAGGUAGUGUCACCUCGUUUAGGUAAUUCUUAAUACUGAGGUUGGUGGGGUGUGUUGUUUGCGUGUCGUCUCGUAUGUUAUAUAGGGAGGAGUAGUAUGUGGCGAACACAUCGCUGAUUCCCUUAGGGGUGAAGACUUUGGCCCCUGUCUGGUCUGUGAGGUAGGAUAUUUUUUUGGUUUGUUUGUCUAGUUUUCAGUCGGUUUGCUAGUAGCUUGCUUGCCUUAUUGCCUUACACAUAGUGGGUUAGUUUGAGCCUUUGCAUGUUAAAGUUGAGAGCAUCCAGUGCUUGUUGGUGUAUGAGUUUGGUGACCUGGGCUAUUUUCAGUUUUGUCUCUAGUGUCUGUGUGAUUUGGUUCAUUCUGUUCAACUCGUACAAUUGUCUGCCAGGCCCCAAGCUUUGUUUGUCGUUUCUUUUUUACGUAUGAUGCUCUGCGUAUUAGUAGGCCUCUCGUUACUGUUUUGUGUGCAAGCUACAGAGUAGCAUCUGUGGUGUCUUUAGUGUCAUUUAGUUGGAAAUAUGUGCGGAGGUCUCCUGCCAAUGACUCUACGAAUCUCUCAUCCCUCAGCAAUGAGUUGUUUAUUUUCCAGGGGCUACGAUGUUUAAAGUCGAAAUUGUUCUUGAGUUCUAUGGUUACGGGUCGAACCAUGUAAUUUGCUUUAUUUCACUAGUUACGAUUUGGUCUAGUGUUGUACCUGACAUAAAGAAACCGUCUAUUUUAGAGUUGUGCACCGCCGAGAAGUGUGUGUGUGUGUGUAUGCUCUUUCUGUUGGGUGUGUGACUCUCCAAGCAUCAUAUAGGUGGUGCUCAUGCAGGAGUUUUGCUAUGGCUAUGCAUUGCCUAGUGAGGGGGCGAUGGUUUUUCCCUUGUGGUGAUAGGGUCGUGUCUAGCUGCGGGUCCAGUAUGUCGUUGAAGUCACCCCCUAUCACCGUGAUGCCCAUUUGGGCAGUGUUUGUUUUGUUUAGUAUUUUGUGUAGGAAGUUUCUCUGGUUGGUAUUUGGGGGAAUAUAUAUUUACAAUGGUGUAUAGCAUAUCGUUAAGUUUCCCUAUGAGGAUGAUGUACCUGCCGUUGGGGUCAAUAUCUGUGGAGUGGAGCGUAAACGAGACCGCUUUACUGUCUAGGAUAGAGACUCCCCUAGUCUUUGUAGGAGAUGUGGCGUGGAAUUGGUGAGUGUAGUUAUUUGUCAGUAUUGUGGGGUGGUCAUUAUGCCUGAAAUGCAUUUCCUGGAGGCAUAGUACAUCCGCUCCCAGGGUUCUAACCUUCCUGGCGAGCAGGUGCGUCUUUACCGGGGUGUUAAGGCCUCUGACGUUGAAAGAGCACACUAUCACGGUGGUUUGUGGGGUUGGUGUUCUCUACCUAGUGUGGAGUAUUCUAUGGUUUGAUGGAUCACCCCUCUUCCCAGCUCAGACGUGCCGAACGGUGUUAACAUUUAACAAUAAACAAUAAUAUAAACCAAAGUAUUUACAUAAACAUUCCUGAAUAAGUGUGUUGCCGUAGAUUCGUAAAUGCCGUAAAUGUCCCAUGUCCUAAGCUUAGUGAAUGCACUAACUAUAAUGAAAGUGUAAAACUAGUUUUACUUACCUUCCAGGACCUUGCUGUGGAGGAGUAGCAGGAGUGCUAGCACGCAUGUGCAGCACAGGAUCCAGCUGAUUCCCCUCACCGGAAGUGACGGGGGUAUAGCAAUCUGACGGGGUAUAGCAGACUGAUAGAACAGCGUCACGGAGCUCUGUUUACAUGUGGCUGCUCCGGUCCGCAAUCUAUGUACGGCCUUGGUGUUUAAUGUUGGUAACAUUCACUGGCAGGCAACUGGAGGACCUUUUGAUCUAGAUCAUUGAAAAGCUAUUUGUACACUUGUUAUGGUGAGAUUUGCUGUUGCGUUCCUCAUCUGCUAAGCACCGCUGGCGUGUUCACCUAAGUGUCUAGAUCACAGUCCAUAUAUCAUGUACAUGUUGAUAUGAGUGUGCUGGAAAACUCAUUGCCUGCUCUUGAUAUUGUAUAAUUUUUUUCCUUCAUUUGAUUUCUUCCACAGCACGUGUACACAUGUAACUCCUGACCUUGAUGUUGAGAAAUAACUACGUUCUGUUUUGCACUAUUGUUAAGGAAAUGACUAAAUAUCAUGCUGCAAAAAAGACAAACUGUCAUGAACCCAGACUUUUUUUUCUUUCUGAAAUUGUAUUCAGUCUCUUUACAUUUUUUAUUUUUUUUUUAUUUUUUAUUCCUGCAUAAUUCUGUGCAGAACAUAUCCUCAAGGAUGUUAAUCUAAAUAUACUGAUUAGCCACAACAUUAAAACCACUGACGUGUAAUGCAUAAAAUUUGGUUAUUUAGCUUCAAUGGCACCUGUCUUGAAUUACAUGUGUGAAGCAGGGAAAAUAAGCAUGUGAAGGGCCAAAUAGUGACGGCUAGAUAACUGGAUCAGAGCAUCUCCAAAAUGGCAAGUCUUGUGGAGUUGGUCCUGGUAUGCUGUGGGAGCUUAAAUAACGAUACAAAAAAAGAGAACAAGAACUAAUAGUGCGGUAGGUCUUUUGAUGGCGCGGAAAUUAGUAUAGGAUUUACACUUACACUUUUCUAAAGCUCCAAUCUAAAAGCGUUGCGGUAUAAUAUCCACCUAAGGAUAUAGUGUAGUUGGUGUAUAUCGAUGGUUAUUCAUCGUAUCUAAUGUGCAUAAAAUAAGAACUCAAUAAAACAAUAGUCUAGUACAGAGCUUGACAAAUUUGCUUUGAUUCUAGGAGCCAGAUUUAUUUAUUUUUUUAAACUUGCACAGCUUUUAUUUUCAACGACAAAUACAAUUCUUAAAUUGGUCACCAGGGCAACUACAUCUUAAUAUAGUGGUUCUGGUGUCUAGCCUGUCCCUGCAGUCUUUUAAAUGUGAACACUGACUUUUCAGAGAAAAAACACACACUGCAUCCACUACGCACAUACACACUGCAUCCACUACGCACGCACAAUGCACACUGCAUCCACUAUAUGUGGCAUGUAUAUUUUGUGCAUUUACCUUUUAGAAAUAGUUUAUUUUUUUUCAAAAUGGUAAAUGUACAGAAUAUUGGUAAGUUAUCGGCUAUCUGCCUGAAAAUUCACAGAUUAUCGGUAUCCGCUCUAAAAAAAAAAAUCAAUAUUGGUCGAUCCCUAAUUUGUGUAACGUGUUCUGCUCGUACGUCUAACACGAUAUGUCUAAAAUGUUCUGAUUUUCAAACUGGGUAAAGUGAAGGUGUGAGACUUGUUAGGCACAUUGUCGCACUUAAUGGGUUAAAGGGAUAUUUUAAUUGAGAAAUGGAAAGGAAAUGUAUUGCACAGUACAAACCUUAUUGAACACUUAUUUUAAACCAGUUUUCUGGGGCAAUUUAUCAUGUUAAGACAUGUGGACUAAAAGAUAGUUGAAUCAUAAUCUGGUGAGUCAUUACGAAUUAACAAUGGGAGCUGUAGGUUUACAAAGUCCAUCUCUUUAGUCAGCACUGCUGUUCAGUGACUAAUGCAAUUGUUUUAUCAAGGGUAAUGCCAUAAUCUGAUUUGAGACAAUAUUUACCUGAACAAGUGCCACGGUACAUUCUAAAUUCACUAUUCAGUGAUUGUUACUAGAGUUUUUAACAAUUUUUCAUCAAAUUUCACAAAACCCACUUUUUCACUGCUUAAACACAUGCUUUUGUUUUCCUGCCCAUUUUAUUCCACCAGUCAUACACUUGAUAAAACAUAUAAAUGAGGGUACAUGUGUAGAACGACAAAGAAAAAUGCAUGUUAUCUUUUAUAUAGUUCCAACACAUUUCGCCGCAACUUCCCGUUCUAGAAUGCAGAUAUCUGAAAAUUAGUAAUUGACAUAGAAACGAAUCGUAAGUGACGAGGAGAAGGCCUUGCUUAAACUUGCUUACAGCACACAUUUUCCCCCUCUAUUAAAUAAGUGUGAAAAUGUUGGAAGUUGUAUGUACCGCAUCUGUUUAAAAUUUGUUUUUCUACUGCAAUUUUGCCACUCUUCUAAAAUUUAAGAGGGUCCCCUUAAAGCAUUAGUCUAUUUGCUUUGUGUGUCCACUUAACUUACUAUAGCUGCCUAGUUCAGCUAUGUCCGCAUGAAGCAUGGCUGGAUGCAGAGGGUUUGUUGGUAUAAUAUAGCUUAAAGGGCUGAUAAGUUAAUUUUUACCUUAUCCUGGAAAUUGUGCCAGUAUGACUAAUAACGGACUGCCCUAUGACCUUUUUGUAAUGUAUUGAUUUACAUUAAAAAAAACUGAAAUAAGUCCAACAACCUGUAUUAUUGUGUGACUGUGUGGAUUUAAAGUGUAGGUUUUGGUCACCAUUUGACCUCUUUGUUCCUAGCUGCAGGAAUGUGUUUUAGGUCAAGGACUAGAUUAGGAUCUUACAAUUCAGCUUGGAAGUCUUAACCUUUUAUAAUGUGUUAAAUCUUUUCUGUUCUCAUUAAAUAGGGAAAUUGAGCAGCAAAUCACUUUUCUAUAGACCAUACUUGAUUUUUGUAUCAUUGUAUAUUGUCAAGCUGAGAGGUGGUUAUAAAAAGUAUAUAUGUAUUAUAUUUCAUGGUCUUUAAAAUUCCAAACUUUUAUUAAGGUAUCUUUCAAAACAGGAUCAGUUUUUCAACGUUAUGGGGACAGCCACUAGAGGCAUUUACCAUGCAUUGUAAACAUUGCCGUUCAUGCAGAAUGCCAAUGUUUUACAUUGCAUGGUUAUAUUACAGGAACUUUGUAACUAGACCAUUUCAUUAGGAAGUUGUCUGUGUAUCUAUAGUGUCCCUUUAGUGAAAAGUAGGUUUACAGCUAUAAUAUUUGGCGGGGUAAACUAUGCCCAAAUACUAUUUCUGACUUCUCCAGAUAGCUCUUUAUGUGAAUGAUUGUGAUGUCACUCGAAAUUAUAUUGCCAUAUAAGUGGAGAAAUUUUAGUCCUAAACUUCCUUUUAAAACGCAGAAUCGACUUAGCCAUGGGUCAGUGCUAGUUGCGAUAGAAUUUCGACUCCCGAGCGUCGUUCUCCUAGCUGUUCGGGAAGUUGAACGGACAGGGGUACAAGUUUCAGCGGGGUUUGCGGGCUUACGUAGGCAACUCAGAGAUCCAUGUACCGCUACCUGCGUUCGGGAGACAAGAUUGAACACGUGUGUUCGUAUGUACAAAUGGCAGCCACCCAGGGAAUUCUUGUUUGUGGUUGACAGCCAGGGGUGGUCAGUGAUUACAAGGUGUUAACUAGGAGGACCACAGUCUGUUCAGUAACCGAACAGAAAGGGAACAAGUCCAUUCGAAUACAGUACCCUCGACUUAUCCAGGUGUCAUAGCAUAUUUCACAAUUGUUGGACUAGAGUAGAUCGACUUAUAGACAAGUAUAUACGGUAGAUGAUAUAUUUUAUCAGGAAGAUUGUUAAUUCACAAACUGGAUGAUCACAGUGAAUUAUUUCCAUUUAAUUGCAAAACUGCUGUCAUCCUGUCAAUAACUAGAUGUGCAAGUUAUUAGUUAUGUUUUCAACAGCCGAAAAAAAGGUUCAUUUUUUCACUCCUAGAUUUACUCAUGUCAAGGCUAUCCGAUGUGGCGACCUGAAGCCUGGUCUCCCUAGAGAUGAGGACAGCCCCCCUCCCACCCGAAGUAACAUAAAUAAUCACCAUCCUAAGAAGAAGUAAUACAUCUUGAUACCGAAUGCUGUGUAGCUUUAUGGAUAUCUCUAGACUGUCUCCCUUGUAUAAUUCUCCCAUUAAACAUAUUUGAACCUUUAUGUAUUAUUCAUAAGUGGGUUUUAGGUGUGGGGGUAAUUGGUUUAAGUAGGACUAGGAUUCCGUCAAUCAUAGGGCAACACCAGGACUUGAAAUAUUAUAUUGCCCUGCACAGGGUAUGUGGAAGUUACUCCAAGGCACUCAAUUUGUAGCUGCUGUUCUUAAUUACCGGUAAUCUCUUCUCCUAAUACUGACCUGUCAUUAAAGUGGCAGGGGGAACAGAGACUGUUUUUCUCCCCACACCUCUUUAACCUGCAUAUAAGUAGUAGGCAGCAGUGCAGUUGCCGGCAUUAAUUAAAUAUUUUCCAUUAUUUAUGCCAGAAGAAUGCGCUAUGAGUUAGGAAGCGCUGUCUCCAUAGCCACUCUCCCAGUACAACCGUAAUGAGAGAGAGGUGCUGAUCUAAGGUACCACAGCUGCAAGUAGAGCUUUUUUUACCUGAAGCGUAACUGCCACCACUCUCUUCUCUUCAUUUUCCAAGGUGGUUGUGGUGUUUUCAAAACUUUUAUUGAUAAUGAUGUUGGUUAAACAAUUAUAUUUUUCUUUAAGUUCCACUGCCAUCACUCUAUCAAGCCAGGCCACAUUUUCCAUGAGACUGAUGGAUCCCAUGCUGCACAAUGUCAUUUUUUUUUUCUGCGCUGUGAUGUCACCUGACAUGCAAUAUAAGAUAUGGAAACAUGUUCUACCAAUUGAAAUAACGGAUUUGUGUAAUAUAGUCCCAUAACACACAGUUCAUCAUUGAUCAAUUUAAUAUAAUCAAAUUAGGAUGACUAGACAUAUUAUGACAUUUUAAAUGGGUUGUUACUGACUAGUUCACAAACUCCAUUCCCCACCCCUUCUGCUUGGUUCAUUUAUCAAGUAGGCAGGUAAUAACACACCCGUUGUUUGCAGUUCAGUCUUAUUUAGUGACACAUUACUCUGUUGCACAAGUCAACACAUUGUACGUGCAGAAGGGACGUUUGUAAACUUUUUCUUCUGUCAGAUUCCUUAUUUUUGUUUUAAUGCUGGAAAUGGAUUGUAGGCGAUCUUAUAUGUACUCCUCUUUAUCACAUCGACGGGUGAAGACUUACUGGUGAGUUGUUGUUUUGUUUUUUUAAUUUGUUUUUUAUUUAGAUAACGUAGACUAGUUUAUGAUUUACUAUUUUAAUGACAAACUUAAUAGAAUAAACUACAUAUUUGCAAUUUUUAAUUACAGUUUAGUCUUAAAAAAAGUUACAUUUAUAAAAAUGGAAGCAGCUAGUAGUAAUAUUUGACACCUUGAAAAUAAAACAAAUUAAUGUGAUAUUAUGAAGUUGUGUCGGUUGAGUGUAUUUGUCUAGUGCCAAAUAGUCCUGGAUUUGUUGUGAUUCUCGGUUCUCUUUGCAGUUAAUCAGCAGUAUUCUAUCAUUUGGGCAAAUGAUGAACUGUAAAUUGAUCAUCUGCUGUAUACUGCAACAUAAUGCUUUCACUGACCAGUCUCUCCUAAAAUUGCAUUAAAAUAACAUCUACAUUUUGUUAAUUAGUAUGCUUUAAUAUUUGUGUGAUGUAUGUACAUAUAGUGGUUUGGGGGGGUUUGGUUUUUUUAAUACGUGUUCUCUCGUAUUUGUAUGUAUAUACGUGUAUAUAACAAUACACGUGUGUGUGUGUGUGUGUGUAUAUAUGUGUAUGUAUGUAUGUAUAUAUAUGUGUGUGUGUGUAUAUAUGUGUGUGUGUGUGUGUAUAUAUGUAUAUAUAUAUAAAAAUAUGUAAGCAAACUAUGGCUUAUAGUAAACUAACAGAACCAUAAAACCAAAGGUUGAAUGGUUUACACAUGUUUUUUGAUAACUAUAAUGAAGUUAAUCUAAGAACAGCACCAGCACAUAUAGUCAGUUACAUAGCUGAAAAGAGAUUGCGUCUGUCAAGCUCAGUCUUCCUCACAUUUGUUUUUUGAUGUUGAUCCAAAAGAAGGCAAAAUAACCCAGUUUGAAGCACUUCCAAUUUUGCAACAAGCUAGGAAAAUAAUUCCUCCUUGACCCCAGAAUGGCAGUCAGAUUUACCCUUGGAUCAAGCAUUUAUUACCCUACUUUGAAAGAUUAUAUCCUUGAAUAUUCUGUUUUUGCAAGUAUGCAUCUAGUAGCUGUUUGAACAUCUGUAUGGGCUCUGAUAAAACCACUUCUUCAGGCAGAGAAUUCCACAUCCUUAUUGUUCUUACAGUAAAAAAAACCUUUCCUUUGCCAUAUGAGCCCUUACUUUCCAAAGAUACAUUUAUAAGUUUGUGAAAUGAAUACCUUCUUAGGGUUCUAAAUACAUAAACCAAUCAUGGUUUUAUUUUCCCAGCAAUACAUUGUUUGACCCAGAUUUAAACCUAAAUAUUCUGUGUAAAAGAGGAGCCAGAAGUGCGAAUUUUGGUCAGAAAGCUUAUGGUUCUUCUGGAUUCAGUAAUUAAAAGGUUUAGUGAUUUUUUUAUUUUUUAUUUAUUAAUAUAAUUUCUUUUGGUGCAAACCGUGUGCACUGGUUAAUGUGUUUCCUAUAGUUUGUCAGUAUGUUAAUCUGCAUGCAACGAUGGUACUAUUUUAAUUCUGAUCAUUUUAAUAACUUCUGUUAUUAAAAACUUUGUUGAAAUACUGCAGUUUCUUAUGUGUCUAGGAGUUUUUUUUAGUUUAAGUAGAAGCAGGUAAAAGCUAUUUUGGUUUUGCAUUUUAACAAUGACUAGAUAAUGGUUAUAAUAUGGUACAGUAAACAAGCUACUCACACCUAAACUUAUUUGUAUACAUAAUCCAUCUAACUUGAUCUGUGUUUACUAAAGAUCGUGGGUUGCCAUGUAAGAUGAAAUGGGGCUAAAAAUGGUCUGUAAAUGGUACAAAAAUACUUAUCUACCAAGAAGCAGCAUAGAAAGCAGAUGAUUAUAUGGUGGCACAAUGGGUACAGUUGAUAUGUGGUUUAUGGUAUGUAUGCAUUUAAAACAGAUAUAUUUUAUUUUAAAUCAUGGGUCGUCAUCCUGGUCCCUACCGCCCACUAGUGGACGUUUCAGGAUUCCAGGUGGGCGGUAGGGAUUUCCUCAUUUUGAGAGAUUGGGCGGGUGUGAGCCGGCGGUAUCUCUGCGACCGGGUACCGCCAUCACAAUUUGUGGCCCCCGCUGGGGCCGCCGUCCAUGGGGUCCAUCGGAUGGCCCGUGCUGUCAGGGCCACCCAAUGGAUGUGGAUUGUGGGGUGGCCCAGUCAGCGCUGGGCGCUUUAACAGCGCGACCGGGCCCCCUGUGAUUACAUCACAGAGCUGGGAGGAAGUGACUGCACGUCACACCUCCCAGCUAACACUGAGAGCCGCGCGGGAGGAAGACCAGGGAGUCAGAGUGGGAACUCUGACUCCCAUCCACCUGAGCCACCAGUGGACCCCAGGGAAAGUCACCCUCCUGCACCUUAAAGGUAGGAAACAGGAGGGUGACUUAAAUAUGUGUUUGUAUGUGUGUGUCUUAUGUAUGUCCUUGUGUGUAUGUGUCUUGUCUUUGUAUGUAUGUAUGUGUGUAUGUCUGUAUGUGUGUCUUUGUAUGUCUUGUGUGCAUGACUGUGUGCCUGUAUGUUUGUAUUUAUCGUCUGUAUGUGUGCCUGUCUGUGUGUAUGUAUGUGUGUGCCUGUCUGUGUGUAUGUGUCUUUGUGUGUGUGUGCCUGUCUGUUAUAGUGGGUUACCUAGCUCAGCCUUCCUACUGGGCAUUGCUAUAAGUAAGGUUAAAAAUAGAAAAAAGGAAGAACAAAAAAGGUGGGGAGGGGAGCAGACGCACAGAUGAGAAAUCAUAUUAUGCGCAAACAGAAGUCGUCUGAAUAUCACCGAAAGAGGAGACCUUUGUUUGUUCCUUACGAAAAUUGAACCAGAUAUCAAAUAUUUAGUCUCGCAGCAUCAACCUCAAGGAUCUCAUUAAUCACUAGUAAAUGUAAUUUCAAUUUACUUUGUUUUCUCAUUAAACUUAAAGUUAACAUUAUAAACAUGCAUUAAGUAGAAAUAAAAAGAUAAAUGUACGUACAUUUGUUUUUGUUUUGUUUUUUUAAACGCCCUCCUUUCUAAAAAAUAUUCUGCAUUUGCGCGAAAACUGGUGGGCGGUAAGGAAAUUUUUCCAUCAAGAAAGAUGCAUUAGUGGGCGGUAGGAUGAAAAAGGUUGACUACCACGAUUUUAAAUUAAGGACAAGCACUGCCUCCAGAUAAUUUUCUCGCAAACUUUAUCGAUAUCUGGCAUUGAAAGAAUAUUCUCUUUUGCACUUGUGCAAUCUAAAUUGAGAAAUCAGUUGGGGCCCGAUCAAUGCAGGAAGCUUGUUUGUGUUGGUUAAAUAAAAGUAUUUCUGUAGUUCUCCAAAUAUGAGUGAUUAUUUAGCUAAAAUCGGUUUUGAUAUAGCUGUUUUACUUAUCUCACAGAUUACUUGCAAUAUAAAAUAUUCAUCUGGUGGCAAAUAUUAAAUAUUAGAACAACUAACAAAGACUGUCUUCACAUUUUUUUAAAUCUUGAUUUUUAGAGUUUUACUGAAUAGUGAUUUUUAAAUUGUGAUUUAAACCAAAUUCACCCAGCUUUUAAAGAAAUUCUUCUACGGAGGAAAGAUCACAAAUGUAAUUUUAAAGGUUACAGGGAUGGCUGUCCUAAUGCUGUUUAGUAGUAAUUCAGCAAGAUAGGUGGACUGUAUGUUUAGUAAUCUUCUUAUAAACAGCUUUUCUGGUUAUUGAGGGAUCUUUAAUGUGCCAAAAUGUAAAUAGGUUUGUGACUGAGUCCCUUAAUGCACAAUGUAAUACCGUAUAAGCCGCGGCCCCUAAUUUUACCACAAAAAACAGGGAAAACUUAUUGACUCGAGUAUAAGCCUAGGGUGGGAAAUGCAGCAGCUACUGGUAAAUUUCUAAAUAAAAUUAGAUCCCAAUAAAAUUACAUUAAUUGAAUAUUUAUUUACAGUGUGUGUAUAUAAUGCAGUGUGUGUUUGUGUGUAUAUAAUGAAUGCAAAGUGUGUUUGUGUGAAUGCAGUGUGUGUAAACUAAGUGAGGGGAGAGCUUUUUUAUUUUAAUAUUAUAUUACUUUAUUUUUUUAAUAUUUGCAUUAUUUAAAAAAAAAAAAAAAAAAUGUCCCCCCCCUCCCUGGCCAGGCAAUAAGCAGGGAGGGGGGACAAAAAACAUUUAAAAAAAAUAAUGCAAAUAUUAAAAUAAUAAUAAUAAAAUAUUAUUAUUGAAUUAAAAUAAUAUUCAAUCUCUGGUGGUCCAGUGGCAUUGGCUGUUCAGUGGGGGGCCUGCCAGUGAGCUGUUACUUAUCUUCCUGCAGCUUCUGUCAGGUCCCUUCUCCUCCGUCCAGCUCCCCUGUCAGCUCCAUUCUGCUCACAGUGUAAGUCUCGCAACACCCGCGGGUCUCGUGAGACUUACACUGUAAGCAGAAUGGAGCUGACAGGAGCUGCAGGAAGGUAAGUAACAGCUUGCUGUCAGCCCCCAACAGGACCCCCACUCGGCUUAUACUCGAGUCAACAAUUACAAGCCCGGCGGUCCAGGUCUGUAUUAUGGCAAUGUAAGUUGCCAUAAUACAGACCUUGACUCGAGUAUAAGCAGAGUGGGUGUUUUUCAGCACAAAAAAUGUGCUGAAAAACUCUGCUUAUACUAGAGUAUAUACUGUAAUCUAACCAGGCCCUGGGGUUGGUACACCUAUGUCAGUCCCAGUCCUGAAAUGCACAGCUUUAGCUUGCAGAGUAAAGAUUCUGGAUACAUUAUACUGAAUGACUUAAGAGGAAAGCUUUAUACAAUGCUGAGGCAUUUGAUGUCAUUGUGAGUUCCGUAUGUGUAGGACCACUCCACACUCCAAAAGCACUUCAAUUUGCUGACGUGCUCUAUGGGUGAGGACCAGUUUAUAAAAGUGCUGAUUUCGUUGAAAAUAAUGAAUGCAUGUAUUCACUAGAGGUAUAUCUACUAAAUAGUAAUGUUUUUACUAUGUGGGCAGUGGAGUGCUCCAUUAAUAUUGCAUGGUUAAGGGACAGAGCACUCAAACCUCUUUAACCCCCUUAAGGACGCUCCGUCAUGCUUGGGAAGCACUUAACGACGCAUGACACACUGGGUCCGUCAUCAGCUAAAAUGAACCCCCAGAUCGCUGAGGUGCAACGAUUGCGGGGUUAACGCUGUUGCUGGGUGCCUCUGAGUCAGUGGCAGACCAGCAACAGCAAAUCGCGAUGUCCCAGCGCACGUGAUCGGUCACAGGAGUCACAAUGCUGCUGGGAUAUCAGAUUAGCCUCCCUCCACCUCUUGUAGGUUUUUGAAGUGGAGAGAGAGGGAUCGUUGUUACAUUGUGUCCCUGAAGUGAAUAAAUUGUCUAAAGAGGUUCCGAAUCCCCUUUCCCCUGUUUUUUUUGUUUGUUUGUUUGUUUGUUUGUUUUUUUUUUGUUUUUUUUUGUUUUUUAAAACUAACACUUUCCCUGCUGCAUACUUUACUGUGAUCUAGGUUUUUAUUUUUUUUUUUGUUUUUUUAUUUUUUUUAAUAUAAGUAACCCUAAGGGGUUAAAAAUGUUAAAUAUUUUAUCAAUUUGUGAUUUAGUUUGGGUGGGUGGAAUUUAGUGGGAAUUGGGAGAAUUUAGUGAUAAGCUAGUUAGGGGUGAAAAGUAAAAAAAUGAGUUUAGUUAUUUAGUUAAAAUUUAUUAUGUUUAGGAAGUAUUGAAGAGGAGACUUAUGCCCUGUUAGAGGCCGACUCAGAGGCGACAGACACUGCCUCAGAGUGAUGCAGGGGACAGGGACUAUGUGCCAGAUACUGCAGGACCAUCAGGAGAAAUUGCUGAUUCCCCUAAUGCUGAACAUGGCGCAGAUGACUGGGUUCCCCACUAAUAAUUUUUCACCAGACAUUCCAGAGUUCACUGCCAAUCCUGGCAUACAGGCUGACCUGUCUGGCUAUAAUGCACUGGAUUGUAUGCAGCUGUUCUUGAGGGGAUGAUGUUUUUGGGGAGAUAGUCACCCAGACUAAUCUGUACACUAAGCAGUAUCUGGCACACAAUCAAGAGAUGGUACCCCACCAGUGUGCCAGAGUUGAAACGAUUCUGGGCACUGACCAUGCUAAUGGGGAUAACCCCAAUUGCAAUACCCCCAUUUUUUUUCCCCCCAGACAAUGAGUAGGCCCUGAUAUGAAGACAUACUGCGAUUUAUGCACGAAGUGUCCCCCAAAAGGUCAUCCGCAGCAUGAUCUUAUAUAAUAUACGCCCUCUAAUUGCCCACUUUAACAAAAAUUUUGCCACUAUUUAUACCCCAAAAAAAUUUCUUUUGAUGAAUCCCUCAUGAACUUUUUAAGAGAAAACUGGGGUUUAAACAGUACAUCUCAUCCAAAAGAUCCCGAUAUGGGAUCAAAUUUUAUAAGUUGUGUUGCAGUGGCUAGGUGUACACCUUCCGUGUAUACGAAGAAAGGGAUAGCCACCUUGAUCCCCUCAGGUUGCCCAGAUAUAGUAGGGACAAGUGGGAAAAUUGUCUGGGACCUAAUCAUGCUGUUACCAAACAAGGGAUAUCACUUGUAUAUCGAUCAUUUUUACAACAGUAUCCCACUUCUAAAAAUGCUGUACUGCUUUGAGACCAUGGUCUGUGGCACUAUUCGGAAGAGUCGUACAGGUUUCUCAAAAGCUAUAGCGGGGGGAAAUAAAUAAAAAGGGGGAAACAGCAGCUCUCUGCCAGAAUGAACUGCUGGCACUAAAGUACUGUGAUAAAAAGGUGAUCAUUCUAGCCACCAUCCAUGAUGAACGCACUAGCAGAGUCGAAUUCUAAGGACCGGUAUUACAAGUUUCUCUCUUUGUGGUCGGUCCGUGUGUUUUGGUUCCGGAAUCCAUGCUAGCGUUGCCUGUGACCCAGAUGACUGGGUUCUACCCCCUGAUAAGUUUACGCCAAAUAUUCCCCCUUUCACAGCAAAUAGAAUGCACUUGUUCAUUAACUGAUGAGCUGCUUGUAUUUAAAAAUAGAUGUGGCCUUUGAGAGGUCAUUUGCAAUCAUGAGCUGCUAAAAUUACUUGGGCCCAGCGUCCCCCUUUUGAAAAAUAUGAAAUUGGUGUCUCAAAUGUGCCCCUUCAACAUCCACAUAUCCCAACAUAGCUGAUCAACAUAUUUGGUGUUUUACUGCCGUAGCACACAUAAAGAUUGCAAAAUAUACAGUAACCUCUCAAAGUGUGUCAAAAAGGCAGAAAAAAGUCUAAUUUCUAUUAGACUUGAUACAAACUAGCAAAAAAACUGAUUUUUAAAAAUGGUUUAAAAUAUGCCUUUUGAAAUACCCUGUUGUGUAUACUUUUACAAAUGGUAGGCUUUUGUGGGGGGGGGUUUUAACAGUCAAUCUGCUAUAAUGCCCUAAAUUGAAACAUUGGCCCUUCAAAUCAGCCUCUCAAAAUUCCACUGUAAAUACUGAAAAGGACAGGUCUCCUAUAUGGCACUGUAGCUUCACGAAAUAGUGCCAAAGACAUACAAUGGGGGUAUCAUUGUACUCUGCAGAUGUAGCUGAACACAGAAUAAAGUUUUGUACAGGAAUAGCACACACAAACUUUACAAAAUACACAUGAGAAGAUCUUUGUUAUAAGUUUGUGUGUAAAAAAAAAAAACAACAAAAAAACAACAACUUUACUCCAAAAUUUAGCAGACGUUGGCGGUGAAAUGGCUACAAAAAGUGUCAAAAUAACCUUGGGUAAAUAGUCUGUGAGGUCUGCUUUAAAUAAAUAUAUAUUUUUGUGUGGCAAUUUUGUUUUCAUUUAUGGCUAUUAAGCUUACAAGACAAACCUACCAAAUUCUAAAAUCGCUCCACAUUAAGUUUCUUUUACUCCUUGUGCUUUGUGACCUGUAACUACCAAAAAAAACCUUAAAAUCCUAGACACAUUAUAUAUUCUGUAAAUCAGAACUACAUUUUUUUUUUUUAAUUAUUACUUUCCUUAACCUGCACGAAUUACAUACAUAUUAUUGCAAACACUGUGGGGAAAAAAAAAACAUUUUUGUAUUUUGUUUUAUAAUAAAUAAGCAUUUAUAUAUGUAAAUGUUACCUCAAAUUAAAGCCCUUUUUGUCCUUUAAAAAACUGUAUAUAAUGUGUUGGUGCAAUAAAUUAGUAAAAUGCAAAUUGCAGUUGAAUGCCAACAGCAAAAAAAUGCAAAGACAAGCCUUUGAAACUGUGUCCUUAAAGGGUUAUUGAGCUGAAGUGGUCUAGAUGCAUAUAGUGUCCCUUUAAGUCUCUCAAAAAUCUGUUUUUGCAAAAAUAGGGCAACAAAACCCAACUGAAUAGGACUACUUAUAAAUUUAUAUGGGUUGCAGGUCUGCACUGAUGUUGAAAUCUAGUGCUUUCAAUAAAUUGAUUACUUUGGGAUGAUGAAUGUGAAUCAUGUGCUUUUGCAGUUGUCAACAAGCAUAUUAUUAAUUCAUAAAAUGUGCCAACUAUGUAUUUGAAUGUUUUUUUGUUUUUUUUAGAAAAAAAUCAUCCUCAAACUUUUCCGUUUUAAAUUCAUAUUUUUGCAAUUGGCAUUUGUGAAUGUUUUAAUUAUGUGGCGGUGCCCAUAGCUUGCCAUUUUAGUUUGCCAUGGUCUUUCUCUUUUUCGGUUUGUCAGUAAUUUGUUAAUACUUAUCAUGAAACUAAACUUAAAACCACACAGUUACAAAAAUAUCAGUGUUUGUGUAUAUCCUCCCCUAGAAUGGUUUAGGAUCUCCAGUUGGAUAUUUGUGCACAGAAUUUUUUUUUUGUGUAAUGUGGAGUGAAUACAGGAUGUAUCUGCCAAAAGGGUCAGUAUAUUUUUGAAUGUAGUUGUGUAUAUUCAUUCUUUUGCCUCUCCAAUGCAUCCUCACGCUCUCCUUAUUACUAAACCUCUUAAAGGGACAUAGUAAGAAUCAGAACUGCUUUUUUUUUUUUUUUUUUAUCUUGGUUAUAGUGCCUAAAGCAACCUUCGGCACUCAAGAUGUUUUGGACUACACUUACCAUGAUGCUUUGUUAGCAUUAGGGGUGUAAGAGCAUUAUGGGGGAUGUAGUCCACAUCUGGAGUGCCGAAGGUUGCCUACCCCAAACCUAAAGUCCUUUCAUUCAGCAUUAAAUUGUUUUUAAUGUUCAAACGUUAAACAUACGUACUCAGCAACUCCUUUAUCACGUGCUGCUUGGGCUAAUGAGGAAGCAUGGGCAUGAAUUUUGUCCUGGUGCGUGGGAUAUGUCAGGCCGAAUCAGCAAGAGAGAAUGCAGUCAGUCUGCUUGCUGUGGGAGAGCAGAGGCGAGCUAGUGACCGCUGUGUUGAAUGGAGCUAGGUAAUGAGGGAGGGAGCUGUCAUCUUACUGCUGUGCUCCCUUGCGCACCCUGCAGUGAUGCCAGGAGCUAGAAUAUGACAUAAUUCCGGCCCCAGUACACUAAACAGUGCACGACAACACAGCAGGGAUGGGACAGCAGCCCCACUGGACCCCAGGAGAAGCCGAACUACUCAGCUCUCCAAAGGUAAUGAGGGUGGGUAGAUUUCAAUUAAAAUAAUAUUUAAAAAUCUGACCUAGAGCCAUGUCUGUUUUUGUGUUUUGACUGUUUAGGUGACUGGUCCCCCUUCUGAUUGCAUGGGAAAGGUUAUUUUACUCCCCUUUUUUCCCACGCCAUGAGUCUCUGGGGAUGGACCCACCUCCAUGGCUGAGAUAAUUAAUCUUGAUAAUCUCAGCCAUGCCGUGGCUUUCCUAUAAGAAAGUAUUGGGAUGCUAUUGUGAAUGCACUAAUCUGCAUCUCCUCAUAAAGUUGCAGUGAAUCAAUGCAUCUCUAUGGGGAACAUUCAGCGUCUCAUUCAGCUGCACACCCUUUGAGUGAUGGCCACUGUUACUAGUCAGCAAUGUUAAUGCUUUUGUUCUCUAGAAAGGGAGGGUUUACUUUGAAAAGCCUGAAGGGACAGGCUAUAGACACCAGAACCACUACAUUAAGCUGCAGUGGUUGUGGUGACUAGUGUCCCUUUAAGAAUUGUAUUUUUGUCGGAGAAAAUUAAGCUUUUAGUUAAAAUAAAAAGUACUGGCUUUGUUUUGUGGGUUUUGUUUUUUUAGCUGGCUCCUAGAUAUCAAGCAAAUUUGUCAAGCCCUGUUCUAAGGCAUCGAAGGUCUAUUGGUGUGUGUUUUUUCUUGUGUGUUAAUUGUGUUGGUGUGACAUCACAGCCGGUGACCUAAAAGUGCAUUGCCAAUCGCAACCUGCAGAGGCCAAUUUCUAUGUGGAACUGCUCUUUGCAAACUACAACAGUCUGGGUACUGGAACCUUAUUCACGUUUAAAGGGGUGCACUAUACUGACAAUUCCUCCUUUCCUAUUUGUAGUUAUCUAAAUAAUCAUUAAACGAUACAAAAACAUCCUAAAUGAGAACUGCUAAAGUAGGCAGACCCUUCAUAUACCAUGCAAAACGUAAACCAAUCUACUGUAUAAGUGGUUUAGUUUGACCUUUGAAAUUAUUUUGUAUUUGUUUUGGUCUUUUUAUUUUAGAGUUUUGUUUUUGUUUUGUUUAAUUAGUUUGAUCAAUAUUGAUCAUUAAAAAUAAAAUGUAAAUGUGUGAAAACUCAUGGGACUUGCAUGUUCCUUACACUGUAAAGUGUGAUACAUUAUAGAGAACGUUAUCGUUUUGGAUUGCAGGGCUCAACCGAAAAUAACAUAACUGGCUGCUUGGUGUUUUGAAUUUGUCAUCCGUAAAAUAAUCAUUUUAUGUAACUUUAAUAAAAAUAUACUUGAACUCUUUCUGCCAAGACUUGGGGGGAAAAAAUGUGAUUCCAAGAAUAUAUCUUCUUUGUAACCCUUUAGUUCAAUUUCCCUUAUGCUGUGUCCAUGCAUUCCUGAAAUUCUUUUCUUUUAUGCUGUGGACAUGCAUUCUUAAUUUCCUGCCCCACCUCUUGUUUUCACUCUAAAAUCUCCAUUCUGAUGUUAAACUAUACUGGAACACUAAUAGAAUUCCAAUACAAACCAGUGUUGAAUAAAUUAUUUAUAGCAGUCUGUGAUAAACUGAUUCUAUAGUUACCAGAAUAACUACAACUUAAUGUAGUUCUGGUGAGUAGAGAUUUCGCGAUCCGUCCGCGUACUUCUCGCGAACGGUUUGCCGCGGUUCGCGGCGAACUCCGGUCAGCUGACACAUCCCUGCCAAUCUCCGGCAGACCCUACCUCUCAGACCCUCCCACCUCCUGGACAGCAUCCAUGUUGAAGCUGCCUUCAACAUGGAUGCUGUCCAGGAAGUAGGAGGGUCUGGGAGGGAGGGUCUGCUGGAGAUUGGCCGGGAUGUGUCAGCUGACCGGAGUUCGCCGCGAACCGUUUGCAAGAAGUUCGCGGACGGUUUGCGACAUCUCUACUGGUGAGUAUAGUUGAUCCCUGCAAGCAUUUUAAUGUAAACACUGCCUUUUCAGUGUGUACAUAAUAGCCUAGGAAUACCCCUAGUGGCCACUCCUCAGUCUGCCACUAGAGAUGCUGCACACUCGUUCAGCAUCUCCAUGCUCUGCUAUGAGGUGCAUUGACUCGAUGCUUCUCUGAGGAGAUGCUGAUUGGGCAUGGUGGUGUUUUCCUCCACCCCUACCCCACUUUCAUGGAUGCGGUCAUCAGAAUUGACUAUCUCCGCAAAUCCAAUACGUUCCUAUGGGAUGAUGUGUACAUUAAAGGGACACUAUAGUCACCCAAACCACUUCAGCUCAAUGAAGUGGUCUGGGUGCCAGGUCACUCAGGUUUUAACCCUUCAGAUGCAAACAUAGCAGUUUCAGAGAAACUGCUAUGUUUACAUUUGGGGUUAAUCCAGCCUCUAGUGGCUGCCUUCCGGACAGCCACUAGAGGCGCAUCUGCGACGCUGGAUGUGAAUUUUGCAUCCAUCGCGCAGAGCGUCCAUAGCAAAGUCCUCUGCUGAUCAUGAUGGGUGAUCCAUGAUUCUAUAUUUCAGUCAAAGGGGCAAUAAAGCUAAACCAUGUACCAUAGACCAGUAAAUAAAAUUAAGAUUUUUCUGUCAUUGCAUGUUACAUUUAAACUUCCAUGUAGAAGGAGUGCUUAUUUACUCACUCAUGGUUCAUCUGCCUCCAUCUUACUGAAUUAACUUUCCAGCAACGGAAGAUCUUAACCCCUUAAUCAGAGGUUGCACUUUACCACUCUUUAGUCCGGUUCUUUAUGAAGUGUCUUGUACUUGGCCACUCCAUGCUUCCCUACAGGAGGGGAAACUCUGGAUGGGGGUUGGGUCGCCAGUAAUGCAAUGUGUUACUGGUGAUGCCAAAAAAUUUAUGGGCUUGCGCACUGACCGUAUCCUUGUCCAGCCUUUCAGCCUUCUGGACCAUCCAUGGAGCACUGACAAGUCCUGACAUGAUCCUAGUGUUGGUUGCAUGUUGCAAUUGCAUCUAAUGAUGCACUUGCGUUGUGUUGCCGAAGAGAAGUUCCCUGGAAUCCACAGGUGCAGGACACCAAGGAGCCGAAGUGAAAAUGUUGAGAGUUCUGGUUAAUUGAAUGUUGUUGUUUUUUCAUUUUGAAAUGUAAGCACAGUUGGAUGGUAUAAAAAUGCAUUGGUCUUUGAGGGGAUGUUUUUUCCAUGGCAGAAUCCCCUCUUGUUCUUUGCAGGUACCAAUCCACUUCCAUUGCAGAAGUUAUGUUGCCAUUAGGUCCCUUGCUUCGGCUUGCCUUCAGUGGUUAAACAGUUAAAUGGUUUAACCCUAAAAUCUUCUGUCUGACACUAUUCAGCUCUGUCCACUUUAAACCCAUUUCUAGGCUUGAGUCCUAGGCUUGAAACUACGUCUCAGACUGGGUGCCGCUGAAAGAUCCAGCUGAUGCGCUCAGCUUGAGUAGCUUCUUAUUUACUAUACUAAGUGACAUGCUGAGUGCAUCAGCAUCCUAUUUCCAGCUUAUUACUCAAACUGAGAGGGCAGAGCUGUAUAUCACUGGACAGUAGACUUUCAGGUUAAACUGUUAACCCCUAAGCCUGGAUCCUUGUGACACCAUAAUCACUUCAUUCUGGAGUGUAACAAAGUAUCUAGUGUCUAUGGCAGUUAGUGUAGAAAAUGACUGCUUGGCAUAGUGCUUAUUUACCCCCCCUUAACGGGUGAGCUUAAACAUCAAAUGAUUGUGCUUAUUCCAUUAAAUGGCCACUGGGGUGAGCUCUUAAUGUGUUAAAAGCUAAAACUAUCACAAUGAAAUUUCUUAGUGGUGUAAUGUUGAUGAAAAUCUAACCGUGUCUUUUAUUUGUGAUGGGUAGCCUUGGCAUUUCAGAUGCUUGCAAAACUAAAUUCUUCAUUACGCCACACAUUAAUUUGGCAAACUUCUCCAAGGCUAAUGUUAUAUUGAUAUUGGUUUUGAGAUCUGUGUUAUGCAAUGUACACAAAUGUCUUCACUAUAUUAAAUACGAACGGGUCACUCUAGGAACUAUAACUACUUAAUCUCAUUGAUGUGAUUAUGGUGACUUGAAGCUCCUAGUGUCAACCCACUAUUCAUUGUCUAAUAGUUUUUUGAUCGGUUUGAUACCAGUGCCAGAGGCUCAGCCCUCAGCUGGUGGUUUGUCUGUUGCAAAAGGGAACUUCACAUUAACCAUACAAAUUUACACCAGCAGUUGGUGGUAGUGAUAGACAGAAAGUGUAAACUUCUCAGUCAAUCACUGCUGCCCAUCACGGAGACAGGGUUUCAGAUUGCCUGGUAUACUCACUCAGUCUCAAAAAGAUCAAAAACAUAGGAACCAUAACCACUUAAAUAGACCACUAAAAGAUGAUGUGGUUAUGGUGCCUUGAUUUAAAAAAUAUGCACUCUGUAUUUGGUCUGUGGUUACAGUGCAAGAUGUCUUUUUGCCAUAAAUGCCAGUCUUUGUGUUCUGAGUCAUUUUUUAUUUUAUUUUUUUUAAAUCAAACCACUUGGUUUCACAAAAAAACAAUUGGUCAUACUGGUUAUGGUGCUUCAGUGUCUUGGUAUUUACCAAAAAAAAUAAUUUAAUAUUGCAUUGUCUAAUUUAAAAUCCCCCCCACCCCUUUUCUUUUUUUUCUUCCGCAGUUCAUCAAGUGCAAAUGUUGUAGCAAUCGACAACAAAAUAGAACAGGCAAUGGUGAGUAAAUGGAAUGAUUCUAAACUGAGAGAACUAGUUUUCUGGAAUGUGUUUUUGGUGAUUUAAUUAUGCUCUUAAUUGUUGGUCCAUCUGACAAACUUUGAUUAGUAAGCUCAUCUAUUCAGUGUUAAAGGACCACUAUAGGCACCCAGACCACUUCAGCUCAAUAAAGUGGUCUGGGUGCCAGGUCCAUCUAGGGUUAACACAGCUAUGUUUACAUUAGGGUUAAUCCAGCCUCUAGUGGCUGUCUCAUGGACAGCUGCUAGAGGCGCUUCCGCGCUUCUCACUGAUUUUUCACAGUGAGAAGAUGCCAACGUCCAUAAAGUAUUGAGAAAUGCUUUCCUAUGGACUGAUUGCGCGUGCAGCUCUUGACGUGCAUUCGUCGGAAGAGGGAGUAGAAUCCCCAGCGCUUGUGUAAGAAUGUAACCCCUUCCUCCCCCCUUCAGCCCGGCGGGAGUGGGACCCAUUUCUUUUACAGAUAAUCUAUUUGAUUUGUCUCCUCCACCCCCUUCAUCAGGGCUCUUAAUAGGGCGGAAGCACAAAUGACAAAUCUAUAUAGAUCUUGUUAAAGAAAUCUGUGUUUUGUUCUUGAAAAUAAAUACUUUUAAAAAGAGCUGUGAAUGUUUGCAAAAUAUCUUACUGAGCUGUUUAAAGGAACUCUCCAAAUCCAUUAAGUAAUUUAGGGGUUAAAGAACCACUUUGGGAACCAUAGCAUUAAUAAAAAUGAAGUUGUUAUAGUGCCAGGUGGUCAAAGGCACCAUCUUACAUGAAACGAUUAAGCCAUUAAUGGUUUAACCUCAAGCAAGCUAGCACCCUUUAAAGCAGCACGGUCAUCCUCCUCCCCCCCCUGCAAAAUGAUUAUUUUAUAAAGAUAGAAUCUUUAUGAAAUACUCUGUUAUAAUUUCAAUGAAAUUCCAGCGCAGUCAAAAGAUAAGCUGAGACAAAGUAGGGUCUUGACACUGGGCAGAGCUACUGCCAUCAAGAAGUUGAAAUCGUCACAAGGAUGGCAGACCUGGAAAUUGUCUCGCUCUAUAAAGGACCUUGCAGGAUUGUCCAUAGACCUCUCUGCUGUGCUUUCCCAUGAGUGAAUUCAGCAGUGACAUUGACUCCUGGCAGCUGGGGCAGCAGGAGCAGAAGAGGAUGGAGGGGCCACAGACAUUAUGCUCUUCCAUGCUUUAAGCAGUUGCACAAAGCGGGUAGGCAGUGCUUUUAUAAGCAAAGUGAUUGCCAUACAUAAGCCAUAGCACCUAGCUUCUCAACCUGUGAUCUGCAUACCAAAGCUAGGAAGCGAUACCUUGAUUUAGUGUAUCUGAGGAGAUGCUGAUUGGUACAAUACAUGUGCAAUAACCUCAAAAUACUUUCCUAUGGGAAACCAUUGAAUUUGCAGAGAUCAUCAAACUUGAUUCUCUGCCAAGGAGGCAAAGCAGAAAACAAACCAGUAUUCCUGGUACUGUAGAAUCUUGGACUGCCCCCAUCCCAGGGGUUAAAACCCCUUCAGACACUUACCUGAAUCCAGUGCUGAUGUCCCUCAGUGCUGGAUCAGGCUCUGCCCACUCUCCUCCCCCACCGACGUAUGCCUGCAGGGUAGACUUAACCCCUUAAUGACACACUUCUGGAAUAAAAGGGAAUCAUGACAGAAUAUUUCCUUAAGGAGUUAAUUACACCUCCCCAUUGGAAACAUUAUGCAAUGCUUUCCUAUGGUUCCUGCAACAAUGGAGGUCCUCAUGCAUAGCAUGAGGACAUCCAGCGUCAUUUAGAAGACCAAAAGUAGUCCAAGAAGCCGGAAAUCCCAAUUGCAGGGUUAAGGAUGAUGGGAGUUGGCACCCAGACCACUUCAAUCGGCUGAAGUGGUCUGGGUGCCUAAGGGGGACUGGGGAACCUAAAUGGUCAUUUUAAAUCUAUAGGGUCAGGAAUACACGUUUGUAUUCCUGGCACUAUACGGUUCCUUAAAGUGUGUAUUAUAUUUUCAUUUUGGGACUUUUAUACUUUAGAUUAAUAGUUCAUACACAAUAUUCACAUCUUAUUUUUAAACAUUCUUUAUUACAGUUAAUCAGGCUUGUUAUCCAAUUAAUUUAAAGAUGCACUAUAGGGUCAGGAACACAAACGUAUUCCUGACCCUAUAGGGUUAAAAUCACCAUCUAGCCACCCUGGCCCCCCUCUUGCCUCCCUAAAAAAUAGCAAAAUCUUACUUGUAUUCAAGCCUGAAGCUGUUGGCUUUCACUGUUUCCUUUAGACCUGCCCACUGCCUGCUGCCCACUGACAUCUUAAGUGUGGUAGCUUAAAACAAUCACAAUGUUUCCCCAUAGGAUUGGCUGAGACUGACAAGGAAGCAGAUCGGGCCAAAGCCAGCAUGAUUCAAACACAGCCCUGGCCAAUCAGCAUCUCCUCAUAGAGAUGAAUUGAAUCAAUGAAUCUCUGAGGAAAGUUCAGUGUCUGCAUGCAGAGGGAGGAGAUACUGAAUGUUUGGAUGCAUUUUAGGCAGCCUUGACUCAGGAAGGAUCUCUAACAGCAAUUUGAGGAGUGGCCAGUGAAGUUUUCACUAUGCUAUAAUGUAAGCACUGCAUUUUCUCUGAAAAGACAGUGUUUACAGCAAAAAGCCUGAAGGUAAUGAUUCUACUCACCAGAACAAAUUCAAUAAGCUGUUGUUGUUCUGGUGACUAUAGUGUCCCUUUAAAUAUGAGUGUCUACUUUUUUAUUUUUGUAUUUAAAUCAAUAGAAAUUACUGUCUUGAGGCAGGGAUACUUAGCUGUUUUUUUGUUUUUUUUACCUGCUUUUCUUUAAAAGGUUGAGAAACUCUGCAAAGUACACACUAGUGCUUAUUUAUGAGAAGCAUUUUUAAAAAGGGACCUAUAGUCACCAGAACUACAGAUGAUUGUAUUUGUUCUGGUUAGUAUCCUUUCCUUUAAGCUUUAUUCAGUAAACACUGUAUUUUGAGAGAAAGGGCAGUGUUUGCACUACAGCCUAGGGAUACCUCCACUGAGUCACAGUUAUUGAUUCCCAUUAUGAUCAGCUCAGCCUUUCAUCCUAGCAUUGUUGGUAAAAGUAAAUUCCUUCAUUGCUGAGUAACGUGUACACAUAUUCAACUUUAGGAAAGGAUGAGUACUUCCUGACAUGAUUUACUAGCUUUGAAUGUUGACUGCACACAUAUUGGACUGAUCAAUGAAAACUCUUUGCAAGAGGGCAAACAUAAUGCAAACUAGAUUCAUAUUUAUGCUUUAUUCUAGGUUUUGUUUUUAUUCAUUGGCAGAAGAGAAGCAUUUGCAAAUGGUACAAUGUCCACAAGUGACUUAUAGUUUAAAUAACUAGGAAUACUCGCAUGCAGCAGAGCCUGGUAACAAUAAGACUCCAUGUUCGCACAGGUUUGCCUUUGCAGGUAGCAACAUACCUUUCUUCUUAUGAAACUCCACACUCAAAAGGGAGAAGAAAAAACAAAGGCAGUAAUAGUGCAGAUAUCUAAACCACUCCAAUAUAAACAAAAAUCUGCAUGUGCCAAAGAGGUCCUGGCUCUAGGUAUAUAAGCUUGGUGAUACUGCCCACAAUGGUGUACCAGUGGAUGAAGGUGCUGGAUACUGCUAAAAUAUACUAUAGAGAUGUCAUAAAAUAUACACCAAUAUGUAUUAAUACUCCCAUAUAAAACAAAAGUGCAGUAACAGGAAGAAUUAGCAAAGUGCCAAAACACAUUUUGCCAACAAUCUAGGCUUUUUCAGUCCGCUAAAAAUCCAUGAUAUACUGUCCCGUUUUUUUUAAAUGGUGGCCCCCUCAUUUUCAUCAUGAUCGCAUGAUUUGUGUCCUCCAGCUUCAGUGAGGUAUUUACUCUUCCUGUCCUGUUCCAUACUCCUGCCUAUGUACCACUCUUAUUAAAGGGUAAGAGACCCCAUUUUUAGCUCUCCACUUUUAUAGGUGUUUUUCACUUAUGUUCCUUAUUUAAGGUAUUUAUUUGAAAAAUGUUGUACCAGAAAUGGUACAUUAAAAUGUUCAAGUAUGUCCCGAAGAAGUGGAUAAUGAUUUGACUUGGGAUGGUAUAAAAAAUUUUUAAAUUGGGACACCAAAAUUCAUUUUUAUUUUAUUUAUUUUUUAUCAGCGUGUUGAAAUGUUAGAAUAUGGCAAAUCCUGUGAGGUUAUCGUCAAAUCGUAUCAUAGCCUGCAAUAUGAUUUAGAAGAGUGUGAUCAUUAUUAGAAUGAUAUAUCCUAUUAAAACCAGCAUAUGCUGUUUAGUCUCUUCUGUGUAUGUGCACAUGCAUUUUUCUUACCCUUCUUCAGUCAGAAGGAAAUAUGCCUUUAGUAGGGAUUGACAGAUUAUCGGUAUGGCUGAUAUUCUGUAUUUUCAGCAAUAUCGGUAUUGGCAAAUAGAUACCGAUAAUGAAGACCAGGGCUGCCAUCAGGAUCCUUGGGGGGGGGGGGCCAGCACACUCUUACUUACCUUCCCUCCAGCUCCCCUGUCUAACUCUCGCAAGUCCUGUGACCGUCAGAGCAUUGCCACGGGUUACCAUUAUUACAAAACAUGCCAGUGGCUGAUAUAUCCAUCAAUCACUGCUUUCCUCUUGAAAAUGAUAAAAUAAGGGCAGCACAUAUUUACUGCUUACUCCUAGGUAUGCAUUAGAAUCAUUGGCUUAAAGGAACACACGGAUCUAUUCUGACUACGAAUGUGCCCCUGCGGCUCCUCCCUGCGAUGUAAAGGUUUAAAUAAUUCUUUAUUCACUUACCCAAUUCUAGUGCCGAGAUCCCUCAGCACAGGGUCAUGCUCUGCCUCCUCUGUCAGCCGAUGGGGGGGGGGGGGACCUAAUGUAGGUAGGAGGCAGCCUUAGUACUUAAAACAGAAUUUUCCCACACGAUUCUCAUCCCCAGUGUUUCUCUGAGAAGCAUUGGACUGGACAAGAACGCAAAAGAGUUGUCAUGCAUGCUGACUGAGACAGCGCAGGUGGCUGCAGCCGCGGUCUUGUGCUGGAAACUAGGUAAGUAAUCCUCCCUUUCGUACAUCAAAAGAGGGUGUACAAUGGUCACAAUUAUUGAAGGGAACUUAGUCCCAUGGAAACUACUGCUAUUUUUGGGACUGUAGGUACCCUUUAAAUUUACAUUUUAAGGGAAAUUGAUAUACAGAUGAAAUAGAUGUGCAAUGAGUCACGUUAAAUAAUCUGUGUAGAUUACAUGCUCUCUAGGUCUCACAAAAUUAAAAAAUAUUUUUUAGACCUUUCUAUCAACAAGUAGGAUCACUUCUAUUAGUCAGUAUUUUCUUCUUCUUUGGUCUUUAUUGUAUAUUUUCUUUUUCUAGGACCUGGUAAAAAGCCAUCUGAUGUAUGCUGUAAGAGAAGAGGUGGAAGUCCUGAAGGAACAAAUAAAGGAAUUAAUUGAGAAGAACUCUACACUUGAACGUGAGAAUGCACUGUUAAAAUCCCUUUCCAACAGCGAUCAGCUGUCUCAAAUCUCCACCCAGGCGGGUCUUAGCAGCUGCCAGCAACCGCCUCCAGUGACUACAGCUUCUCUUGCUGCUUCGCAGACAGCACACCCCACGCAGCAUCCGAAUGUCUCCUCUGCAUAAACAAUACAAUACAAAACAAAACUUUCUUGCUUCAUUCAGCGGACUGAGAGCAACCUGUUGUGUGCCACUGCUGUUCUUUCCACUUUAAGAAAAACAAAAGGAUAAGAAAAAAAAAACCUUAAAAAAAAAAAAAAAAAAUGAAAGCAAGUAGCCAUGCUUCAUUUGUGUGUUUGGCCUUUUCAGUAUUAGACAAUCGUUCUCCAAGAUUUCACUGCGAAAGAGGUGAUGCCUAUUGCGUUGUGCAUCAGGUUUUAACCAAAGUGUUUAAACAUGCAUGCAUUGGAUGCACCCCCUUAUACAUUUGUGGUUAACCCUUUCUAUGUAAGGAAACCAGUAUGUUUCCAUUAUUUCUAUUAAUGGGGAUGAAGCAGCAUUUAAUGUUCUGAACGAGAACCCUUUUGAGAAAGAAAGUGACUUUGCCUAGAAUAAUUACCAAUAUAUAAUUUCAUAAAUUUUUUUUUUUUUUUUUUUUUUUUGCUUCAAUAAUCUGAGCAUAUAGCUAACCAUAUUAGUAUAUAAGUACUAUAUAUUCUGCAAGGUAAUGUUUGAUCAUUUGCCUCAUGAAAUAAGAACACAUUUUUAUUUAUUUUUUUGCUAUAGGUUAAAUUGAUUCCUCCAUAUUCCCCAGAUACAUUCCCUUGCUUUUUUUGACUAUAUAAUUGGAUGCGUUUAUGCUGCCGUUAUAUUUAGAUGAAUAUAGUUUAUUCAAUACACUUUUUGCUUUGCAAAUCAGGUUUUUACUAGGUUUGUGAGUUUUUCUUCUAAAUCACACUUCUAGGUAAAGGUAGCAUCUUGAAACCAGAUUUUUUUUUUUUUAAUGUAUUUUGGUAAUGCGGAUAUUCUGUAGCUUUUGCCUCAUUGCAAAACAAUGAGUGGAUUACAUAUAAAAGUAAAAUGUGGGAGAGAAUCUGUGAAAUUGGAGCAGUAGUCAAACAUUGCGUUGACUACAGAGGCAGUAUAUAUAUUAUAAAUAUAACUACAGUGGAGAUAUAUAGAUAUUAUAUAAUAACUACAGUAGAUAUAUAUAUUAGAAAUAAAUAUUUAGGGGGAGUGGAGAUAGAUGGAUAAUAUAGAAAUAUCAGCUCCAUACUACGUGAUGAUAGAGACAAAAUGUGUAUUUAAAUGGUUAGCCCUCUGUCAUAAUCAAAGCCCCUUGCAUGCAACAUGAGAUAGAAAGUUAAUGUGUGGAUUAAACGCAUUGAGGUUUACCCAUUUCUCUAAAACAUGGUUUAUUCACAAAGCCACAAAAAAGUACAGAAUGGAAACCACAUAUUACAAACUUUUGGCCAAAAUAGCUGAGCUGGGAAAAUUCUCCCAUUAAACCUUUUCCCAUCUGGUCUGUUCUAGCUUGGCUGACAUUUAUAUAAAGGGCUCACAUUGUAUUGCAAAAAUUGGCGAAUUAUCACCUAGAACCAUUGUUCUCUAUGCUAAAUGUUGUGCAGGUUGUCUCACAAUUCCUCUUUAUAUAAGACCCCUCCUGAGUGGUCAAAGAAAUAGCACUGAGCUGACCGUGGGAGAGCACUGUGGUUUUGUAUUGGAACACAUAUUCUAGGAGAGAUCAAGUCUUAAAAUCAACAUAAGUUCAUAUAUCUAUGUAUUGAAGUCAUCCACUGUUUAAAUUUUUUUUUAAAAGGGUUCCACGUAACAUAAAAUGCUGCUUUUGAUUGUUAAUAUCUGAUGUUGCAACACAGCAAAAGGUCUUACAGAGCUUUGGUGACUCUCCCAUGUAACAUCUCCCUUAGAAUAUACUCUGAGCCAUGUUAUCAGUACUAUGUAAGCAGAACUUCAUUGUAUUCCGUGAGAGCCACCAUACUUUAACUAUAAGUAAUAUUUGCCUCUGUUUUAUGUUUGUGUUUCUAUUUAUUACAGGGCUGCUAUUUUCAUAAUAUGUAUGAACAAUGUCACAGAAACCUUUAUUUUAUUUUCCUUUUUUCUUUUUUUAAAUAAAUGUAAUUAUCAGUAAAAAGCAAGAAAAUUGAUAGACUGGAUUUGCGUUCAAGAAGUGUAAUAUUUAGGCAAUAACUGAGCAAAAGUAUUCUGGCAUCUAUAUCGAACACUAACAGCAGAUAUACUUUAGGUAUUUAUUUUACAAAAGUAGAGACCCCAGUUUGAAUGUAAAUGUUGUAAAGUGUGUAAGUAUAAACCCAUAAUGCACCUGUACAGGAAAGCAACAGUCGCAAUUCCAAAAUAAAUGAUAGAUUAGCUAUUUUGAUGAAGAAAACUUUGUUCAUUUAUCUUCUUUCUGACAGAGGGAAAAAUUGCCAUGAUUGCUAUGCUUUUAAGAGAAUUUGUUUUAUUUUUAUUUUUUCUGGGGUGGGAUUAAGAGAAAAAAAAAAAACUGUGAAAUUGUUCAACCUACUUUGUAACCAAAGAAGCAAAGCUGUGUAAUUUUUUUUUUUUAUUAUUUUACAAUGCACAUUUUCUGUAUUUUUAUUUAGUGUUCUGUCAUUCACAUUUUUUAUUUUUGCUGUAUAGCAUGAUCUGCAUGAUCUAUAAUCUUGAACCACUUUCGUACCUCAGUUUUUGUUUUUUUUUUGUUUUUUUGUUUUUUAUUCGUCCAGCACUCUUAUUGUAAAAUGUAAUCUGUGAACUACGUCCAAUAAACAGAGCAAAUUGCUGGUGUGGGUGGAGAUGAGCUAGUGUCGCACACUAGUUAUACAAUAAGAAAAGCAAGCAAAAUUGAAGUGAGCCAUCUUUUGUUCAUUUAAAAUGGUGUUAUAAAUUUCGUAUACAAAAGAAAAAAACAAGUUUUGUUACAUUGCAGAUUUUAAUGUAUUUAAUAAAUGCAACAUGCAGAUUCAGUGCAGUUUAUAAGGAGUAUUUAAAUUGAAAAAAAUACAAAUGUACAUUUCAUAAAUACAUUUGCGAGAGCAUCAUUUUUGUGUAUACUAACACAAGUCUUUGUCAGAAAUUAUUGUAAAGAUAUCUAUUUUAACACAUUUUUUUGAAAUUAAAUUGCAGUUUUGUUGAAAUACAUGGCUCUAGAAUAUUUUGAAAAAUACUCUGCUCCACUGUAGUAGUGGGUAUAGAGCGUUUUGCAAUGGGAGGAAUGUAAUUUUUGACACCUUUUUAACAUACUCAAUGUUUUUGUCAUCACUUGCUUAAUUAGGGGGAAAAAUAUACAAGGACUCAUCUGACUUUAAACGGGCACUCUAGGUACUUUAGCCACUUUAGCUUAUUGAAGUGGUUAUUAUGCAAGAAAAUGGUAAUUGCUUUUUGACUGUUUAUUUUUUGUCCUUUUUACAAAAGAG